AUGUUUACUCCUUGUGGCUUCAGCCCUCAUCAUCUACAUCCACCCAAAGAAGGUGAUGAAGGAGGGCUGAUCUUUCAAGAUGGAAACCUCACCUCAGCAUCUCUUGAUGCUUUAAUCCAGCAUCUUAUACCUACAGCUGACUACUACCCUGAGGUAAGUCCUAUGUUAAUGUAAGCUGCCACAUCGCUUUCAUGAACUGGAUCAUUGGGAGGAAUUCUUGCUAUGUCCAACAUACUGUCAGGGCAUGCAUUUCAGCUUGCCAGACAGAAUGUUCCCCCCUCCCUUUUCACUUACUGUUCUGGGAGUUCUCUCAAAAAACCCCAGAGCCAAUUUUUUUUUGGGGGGGGGAGGAGAGAGAGGAAAGCCCCAUUGCACAAGUGGUGGUCUUUGUACAGGGCUUCCACUGAUGGGACUCAUCCAUUUCAAAUCCCAGUUCAAGUGCUAGCUACCACUUUAAAAGUCCUAAAUGAUUUAGGACUAAGGUACCAAUGGAACAACAUCUCCCAUAUGAGUCUUCAUUCACGUUUCAGUCAUUGUGGGAGAUUUAUCUGAAUCCCACUGUUGUCGGAGGUUUGGUUGAGGGCUUUCAACAUAGUAGGAGGUCUGUUUGGUUUAUGGGGCAUUAAAAUGCUAUUCUUUUUGAAUGAGCUUAAGGGCUGGAGUAUACUGAAUGUGAUCUCCCAUACUGUUUUACUGGAUCACUGCAAGUUUUAUCAAUAGUGUUCUAUACUUUGUGAGUUGUAACCCUCCUUGGGUAUUGCUGUAUUCAGUGGAAUGAUAGGGAAUAAAUAUUUAUGAUUAUGUGAUUCUUGUAGAGCUCUUUCACACUGAAGUAGCAUGGUUGCCCAAGUGGAAAGGAAAUUUGUAUCAUGACAAGAAUUGUAAAUGUUUGAUGAAAUGUAGGAUACACUGCAAGAUAAAUGGUUCUGUGUAACCCUUUGAUUUAACCUGAAGUUUGUAUUAUUCUUCCUAGACUUCAUCCAAAUCACUGGGGCAAAGUCAAGGGGAGGAAGGGAUGUUAAACAAAUAUCAUAUACUAAGAAUAGCCUAACCAACUGGAUCAGGGGGCAUGUUCAUAUUAUUGCUAAUUCUAGUUUGCUAAAUGCUUUCAAUUGCACUCACAGUUAAAAGAGCUUAAGUUCCAUUUAGUUCAAUUACUUCUAAACAUGUAUAACUUAGGGCUCAAUUGCAGCCACUGUUAACUUGGCUUUUGUUGUUACAUCUAGAAGUACUUCAUUAGUGAGAGUCUAUAGCCUAACAACUUUUGAUUGAAAACAAUGGUCAUUUACAUGAAAGGAAAUGAGCACUCAAUAUUGCAGCCUUAGCACAUGAAAAGAGUGGCUAUUUAUUAAAAAGAAACUCCACUGUGCUGGAGAUGAAUACUCUACCAAGGCUAAUGCUUUAAAGUCAAUAAUUGCAAAGUUCAGCAAAUUCUGACAUUUUUAGCAACACACACAUUAACAUGAUACAUAUCCAUAUUAUAUUCACAGUUUCAUAUAUUCAUAGAUUAAUUUUGUCCUGUGAAUGAAGCAUGAAAAAAUUGGAAACUAAAAGUAUAACAAAAUUGUCUAAUUUCUUUGCCUAUUUGUUUGUUUUUUUGGUUGUGAAGCAGAUGUUUAAUCUUAACGUUGUUGGUUUUUUCUUCAUGUAACACUGCAGGACUAUACAAUAACUUAUGUUUUUUGCAUAGGUGCUGUUUAAUUAGCUGCAACAAUAUUGGUUUUUAUCCUCAACCAUGUGUCUCAAAAAUGUGGUUAACAGUUUUGAUCUACUAAUUAAAAGGUAAAGGUACCCCUGCCCAUAUGGGCCAGUUGUGUCCGACUUUAGGGUUGUGUGCCCAUCUCACUUAAGAGGCCGGGGGCCAGCGCUGUCCAGAGACACUUCCGGGUCACGUGGCCAGCGUGAUGAAGCUGCUCUGGCGAGCCAGCACCAGCGCAGCACACGGAAACGCCGUUUACCUUCCCGCUAUAAAGCGGUACCUAUUUAUCUACUUGCACCUAGGGGUGUUUUCGAACUGCUAGGUGGGCAGGAGCUGGGGCCGAAAGACAGGAGCUCACCCCGCCGCGGGGAUUUGAACUGCCGACCAUACGAUCGGCAAGUCCUAGGCACUGAGGUUUUACCCACAGCGCCACCCACGUCCCUGAUCUACUAAUUACUUGAAAUUAAAUCAUAUUGCGUUCAAUAUAAUGUAAUCCCAAGUUAGUGUGUAAGAUUUCCAGCAUUCUACUUUCAGCCCGCUGAAUAUCAUUAGGAAAAGGAUCAAUGGCUAUAUCAGGGGUAGGCAACCUAAGGCCCGGGGGCCGGAUGCGGCCCAAUCGCCUUCUCAAUCUGGCCUGGGGACCGUCCGGGAAUCAGCGUGUUUUUACAUGAGUAGAAUGUGUCCUUUUAUUUAAAAUGCAUCUCUGGGUUAUUUGUGGAGCAUAGGAAUUUGUUCAUAUUUUUUUUCAAAAUAUAGCCCAGCCCACCACAUGGUCUGAGGGACGGUGAACCGGCCCAUGGCUGAAAAAGGUUGCUGACCCCUGGGCUAUAUGCUACAUCCAUGGUUGGAGGCAGUAAGCCUCUGAAUACCAGUUGCUGGGAAUCACAGGUGGGAUGAGUGCUGUCUUUCAGGCUUCCCAUAGGCAUCUGAUUGGUUACUGUGAUGGAUUCAGAACAAACAAAAGGAAGUAGUUUUUCUCCAUUCACAUAGUUAAUCUGUGGAAUUUCUUUCCAGCAGGUAGAUGACUUUACAGGGGGUAUCAGACAAUUCAAUGAUGAUAAAGUUUUAGUGGCUACCAGUCAUGGUAUCUGUAUGCUGUCUUGGGAAUACCCAUUUCUGGAGAUCCAGAGGGUGUCAUGUUCCGCUUGCAGGGGUUCCAGAGUAAGAAAAAAGAUGCUGAACUAGGCAGGCACUUGGCCUGAUCCAGCAGGGCUCCAACUCCUAUGAUACAUUCCCCAAGGAGAGCAAUCAUUAUAUUACAGCUGUUUAUCUUGUACACAAGUAAGGCUCUGUCUUCUUUUCAAUAUAUGUAAUCUCUCCUCCUUGCAAAGUCUUGCUGUGGGUUCACUUUGAGAAAUCAUCGCUCAUAUUCAUUUGCAGAUAAGUUUGCCUCUUUCCCUUUUCCAGAAGGCCUAUAUCUUUACAUUCCUACUGAGCUCAAGACUCUUCAUUGAGCCUCGUGAACUUCUGUCCCGAGUUUGUCACAAGUGCAUCGAGCAGCAGCAGCUGGAUGACCCAGUGCUGGAUAAGGUUAGUACUACCAAUGGCGGGUGGGUGGGACUGCCUUUGCAAAGAGCUGCCAGUGCUAGAGCAAACUAAAGAAAUCCCCUGGCUUUGAAUCUUUUGAUUCCUUGCUGCCUGUGUGCAUUCACUCCCAUGGGGUUUUUGUUGAUGCUGAGUGCCUAGCAUGGUUGCAUUCUAACAUAACAUCAGUGCCUCUGAGCAAAGCUGCAGGCACUGGGUGUAGCAAACACUUCAAAUCCCCUUCUACCUUCCUCUUGCAGCCUGUCUCAAGUCUUCCCAGGUGGUUUCCCUUUCCUUUCUUGAAGGUUUCACUGAAGCCUUCAGGGUUCCAGGAGGAAUCAUUUAAGCUGUGCACUGUCAAGAGCAGUUGUCACUGCAACGCUAUAUAUCUCAGUUUUGCCUAAUGCAUCGUCUCUUAGCCCUAGGCAUAGUUUGCAAUCUUUCCAGGCUUACCUGUCACUGGCAACUCCCCACAGCAGAAUUGCAAUUGCAAUGAAUGCCUGCAUGACAAAACAGUAAUAUAUUUGUACUUGGAAGCACUGCUAUAUACCUAUUUACACAUCAACAACAAAAACAAAAUUGUUCUGUUGUUAGGUAAUGAUUCCCUAACAGAAUGCAGAAAGGUAAUGUUUCUCUUUGUAGUAAAGUCUCUUCAUAAAUACAAUGGUCUUGCUUGCUCAACCUGUUGAACCUUAGAAUUGUAGGACACACUUGUGGGAUGUAUUAUUACUAGAGCAGUCAAGUACAACAUUUUCCUAUUGCCUAGAAUAGACACACACGCGAAUGUGGCUCCAGACAGGGAGGACUUCCUGUCAUACCUGCUCUGAAGCUUCCUCCCCCUAUGUGUGACCAGGUAGAUGGGUGUUGACCCUAGCUGACCAUGCAACCAUCUCUCUCUUGGACUCUUACUCUCUUACCCUUGGACUCUCACACUCCUGGCUUUUAGCCAGCGCAUGCCUCAACCUUCACAUAGGAUGGAGCCCACAAGCAGAAAGUCUGAGAUGUAGCUCAGACGUCUUUUCACUCUAACCACUAGAUAAAGCCUGUCUUCAAAUUACUGCUGUGAACUGAAUGUGAGUAAAACGUUAUUCUUACUUUUAAAAAAGACUGUGUUGUGUUACUCUUAUUUUAAAAGGGAAGUAAAGGGGAAACCUACUAGGAACAAUCCAAACCAGACAAGCCAGAAUGGAUUGCUUAAUUUAAGGAUUCUAACGAAUCAUCAACUUGUUUCCAAUAAGUUGCAAGGGGAAUGUGCUCUGCUGUUUACUCACUAGUGUGAGUGAGGAGGGUUAAUAUCAAAACAAUAUUUCCUCUCCUAACUUCCUUAACAUUCCCACAUCACUAUGGUUUUCAGCAAUGUCUACACUUCCUUCUCAGGGUUUUGCUUGUGACAGUUCUCACCUGCAUAGAGUACUGGCACAUAUUUUUCCCCGCCUUCCCCUGGCACCAAUUUUGUACUGACGCUCAUGGCUCUUUCAUCAAUAUAUGAAAAGCAGUACUCCCCCCAUUGCAUUAUGUAGGUCACAGCAUGGACAUCCCAAAUUAUUUCUCUUUGCAUCAUGCCUUUCUGCAAGUGCCAUUGUUGAAAAUGCUUCUACAAACACAACUUGGAAACUGGGUUAGUUUAGUUCCCAGAAUAGUUCCCAUCCUCAACUGUCAAAACUUUUGUUAGAAUGUCAGCAGUGCAUGAAUAGCAGAACUGUAUUGUGCCUUUGCUUCUUCAAAGUUGAGUCUGGUGGCAGGGGAAAGAUUAUAAUACAUCCCCCAUCUGGCUACUCUGUCACUGAAAAUAAAAAAACCCUGGUGUUAAGAGUGAUAGUUUGUGGUGUGAACUUGGCCUUUAAAGCUUAUAAAAAUAGCCCAUGUUUAGCCUCAGGAAGGUACUAAUUCACCCAGAAAUAUUCAGAAUGCUGACUUAUCUCAUGUGAUCCAACAAGAAGAUUCUCAAGGUAAAUCUUUAUUUCCUGGCUGUUUAUCCAGAAGAGGAAGACUCACAGUGCAGUCCUAACCAUGUUUACUCAGAAGUAAGUCCAACUGAAUUCAGUGGUGCUUACUCCCAAGUAAGCAGGAUUUGGAUUGCAGCCUCAGGCAGUCUUACUGUACAGUCACAGACCUGCUUAACAGCCUCACUCAGCUAUUUUGCUAUUUUCAGAAGCCCUCAUUAGGAAGAUUUUUUACAAGUAUGUACUUGCUCAGGGACUGGGAAUCUGUGACCCUAUAGAUGGUAUGUUGGACUCCAGCUUCCAUCAGUGCCAACCAGCAAGGCCAGUGGUGAGGGAAGAUGAGAGCUGUGGUUCAACAGAAUCAGGACUUCCUCAUCCCUGUAGCAUCCCUCGUCCUAGUACUCUAGCUCCUCAACAAGCCCUGAGCUUCCAUAUUUAGAGAGAGAAUGGACAAGCAGCCAGGUGUCUCUUUAACACAGGGCCUAACAUUGGGAGGGGAGGCAGCAUGAAAUGCUUUCUCAGUGCUUCUCUUCCCUAAACCACAUAUUCAGCCAUGGGUAAUCGUGGUCCUAAAUGGACAAUGGUGUAAUGGUAUAGGGGCAGAGGAAAAGUCACAGGGGAAGGGGAUGAAGGAUCCCCUGCCAGCCUCCCUGCUUUACCACGCACAACGCUCAUGAAAUUUCAUAGGCCACCUAUAUUAUGUUCACUGAUAGUAAGAAUGUUGCAUUUGCCUUGAGACCUGUUUUGGUCACAUGCUAAAAUGGGCACUUUGAUGAGUUUGGUUGAAAAAGCAGGAAGCUUCAAGGCACACAAUAUAAUUUUGUUUGAUUAGAGGGUGCCUUCUGUCCAGAGGCUAAAACAAGGAAGUUCUCUCCUCUCAUUCAAGGUUUCCAUUGAUGUAAUGAAUACGUGUGCUGUUUGAAAAUAGGCUUCUUAGAUUGCUCCUAAAACAUUUAGGAUCAUCGGGCAUAUCAUACUAUAAUACAGAAGAUCUGACCCCAAGUAUCUUAGAGGCAGAGAGCAGGAAAAGCCAAAGCGGUUUCCUUUGGCAAAUACUUGUUAGGUUCAAAAAGAAACAUUUAAGAAUAGGUUAUAGCUGUACAAGAGAAGUGUAUAGCCAAAUAUUGAGAACAUCCAAAGUAGGGAUACUUAUGGAAUUCUAUCAUUGCAAAUUCCAGUGUGAACCAACACACACACACACACACACACACACACACACACACACACACCAGACUAAAGUACAAAACAGAACAUUUUCUUUCUGUGCUUGGCUGGAAAAAGUAAAAAGUAAAAGAAAAAACCAAUUAUUUAGAAAUGCAUAUUUUGAGAUAGAAUAAGUGUUUAAAAGCCAUAGGGCAGAAAAGGCUUAGAAGUGAACACAUGCAAAAGUGCUGCAGACUAGAAAUAGGCUUCCAUCCCUAAUACAAGGCCAUCUAUGAAACUAAUUUAAAUCACUCUAUAGGCAUGUUGGUGUUCUGCAAGUACCACCAUUCCAGAAUCAGCAUUAGGUUAAACCACCAGAUCUUUUGGCUGAGAGUUCUUAAAUUUGCAUCCAUCUUUUUUUAUUUCUAAUUUCAGGCACGAAUCAGAAAAUUUGGGCCCAAAAUACUACAGUUAUUGACGGAAUGGACAGAAACAUUUCCAUAUGAUUUUCAGGACGAAAAGAUGAUUGGCUGCUUAAAAGACAUUAUCCACAGGAUAGCUCCAUGUGAUGAGGUGAGGAUGGCAGCAAUUUAGAGAUAUACUGAGAAGGUGCAUAAUCAACAAUUGUUCAGUCAACUGUUUGUUAUUAAAAAUUACUUUCACUAUGGAAGAGACUGGGGGGGACAAAUUCCUAGUCAAUUUUCAAAUGACAUUUUCUGAAAAUAUGAUUAUCAAUAGAAAGAAAUAUAUAAUAUUGUUUAAUUAUUUCUGAGCUAAGAUGUAAAAAGCUAGUUGCAUGGUCAACUAAAAAGUUCACCCAGGUGACCUAAUUUAUUUGUUGACUAAUUUUAAAAAAUGGAAAAGGAAACUUCCAUUUAAAAAAGUUUAUGGAAUGUAGGUUGGAUCCAGAUCUUAGAGUAGACUCACUGAAAUAUAAGGAACUUAAGUGGCAUCCCUAACAUAAGGUAGUGGAUCUAUUUCAGCUUUCACCAACACAGUGUCUUCCAGGUGUUUUGGGCUACUGAACUAACUGGAGCUGAUGGGAAUAUGAAGGGCACCAAGAUCAGCAAAGACUGUUCUAGUCUAAACAUGGCUAAGGGUGCAAUCCUAACUUACAUAGUCAUAAAUCCAAUUGAAUGCCAUCCAAUUUAUAUUUGAGUAGACAUUAUUAGAAUUACACUAGGCAAUUCUCUUUUUGGGUUUUAUUUUGUAUCUUCACACGUUGUACUUUUUUCUUCUUCCUUUUACCCUUCUUUAUCCUCUGACAUUUUGCUUAGCAAAACCAGACCUAAUUGCUGAGCUAACUAAUAUGGCAGUGUGAGAUAUUGCAGAAUGGGAGAUAUUGGAACAAGCAAACAGAAAGAGAGUACCUAAUUCAGAUUGACUAAUAUCCUGAUGUUUUACAUGAAAGAUUGCAAAACCAACAGUCCCAAACAUUAGCUCAUUUUGUGGCCUAUUAACUUUUUAGGAUAUAAACAGUUAAAGGAACAAUGAAGCUGUCAGUGGAGGCUUGAAUCAUUUUAGAUUCCUCCAAAUUAGCCAGCUAGCAAACAGUGAAUAUUGAGUUGCGUAGCUUUCAAAGGAGGAGCUUUAAGUUAUGCACAAUAUAAAUAACAAAUUAGACAUCGGGGAGCUGUGUUCAGAUUGGGCUCUUAAUGACUAAGGUCAUAGCCAGCAACCAAAGAGCUACUAUAGUCAUGCUCAAAAUCUUCAACAUACCCAGUUCAAUGUUCAUUGAACAUUGACUGGCAGCUAGUGAAGCCACCAUAGAAAAGGGAAAUGGAGACAUUGGUAUGAAGAAAGCCUUAAUAAGGUAUGAAUAAGUUAUAUGGGGCAUUAUCCAACCAAGUGCUUCCUCUAGGGAAAGGAUUUCCAGUUGUGCAACUUAACUUCUCCCCCUUCUUCUCUCCUCACUUGCCCUCUACCAGCGGCGUACGAAGUGGGGGGGCGGAGGGGGCAGAUCACCCUGGGUGCCACUGGGGGGGGUUUGACAAGAUGGCCCCUGCUUCCCCCAUCUGUAGAGUGGCCAAGGGCGUGCACAGUCAGUAGGGGUGCCGCUCGCGCGGUGUCCGUACGGGCUGCCUUUCGCAUGGCGACCAUAUGGGCUGCUGCGCGUGCGCACUCUGUAUGGGAUGCCGCACAUGCGCAGUCUGUAUGGGUUGCUGCUCGUGUGGCAGCCCAUACAGACGCCUGUAUGGACUGUGCACGCGAGCGGCAGUGGGCGGUUCGCCCUGCCUCCCGGCGUCCCGCCCUGGGUCCCAGAGAGGGUUUCUCCGCCACUGCCCUCUGCACCCUCCCCAAAUUUGUUUAAGUGUUGGGAGAACCCCUAGAGCAGAUUUAGGAGACACAUGGGGGAAGCAUUGAUAUUAAUCUUUUUAUUGGAUUUUCUCUUCCAACAACUCUGCAAGGUAAGUAACCUUUAUUUCCGUUUUACAAAUGGGGAGCAAAGGCUGAAAGAGAAUGUCUUUCCUAAAGCCACACAGUCAGUUCAUAGCAGAGAUGGGACUUGAACCCAACAUAUACUCAGUGUCCUAUCCCCUGCUCUACAUUGGCUCUUUCUCCUCUUUCUGGUACUGCUGUUGCUUCCACAGGGUGGAGCUGCCUAAAAGAGGCAGCUCUCUUAGCUGGUGAUUUGAAGUUGGCUUGUUGAAUAACUAGCCAACUAAACAAGCUUGACCUUGAUGUAACAUCAAACCUUGCAAAACAUUAAACUUCCUUUGCAAGGUAAGAGCAAACUGUGGUCUGAUGGUUUAGGUGAAAUGGCAACCUAAGGUUUGCCUGAGCACCAGGAUAAAAUUGAAGCACUGGAGUGUGGGGAGAAGACACAACUUAUGAGCUCAAGGCUCCUCACUGCGUAUCUAACAUGAGGCUAUGGGCUGGCUGGGUAUUGGUAGUAAAGGCAGCAGUAGGAAUUGUCUUCAGCAGUGGUCAUCCAGAUGCUGUGGAACUGAAGACCCAUUAGCCCCAACCAGCAUGAUGGGCGAUGGAGUCCAUCAACAUCUGCAAAAUAUCACAUUGGCCACCCCCGUCUACAGAAUCAAUAGAUGCAGGUUGCUGCAGCAAAGGUCUCAUUGGCCUUUUGGUUGAUCUCCAGACAGUUCACAUAGCUAGAGUGUGCUUGUAUCUAUGAAGCUGGGCUUCUUAGAUAAAUAGCUUCCUCCUGGGUGCUUUCUAACCCCCCACCUUUUUUUUUGUCCAGAUGGCCAUAGCUGCCAAUUGUUAAGCAGUUUUUAUCUUGCAAUCUGAAUGAAGAAAGGAUGCAAAGAUAAUUAUGAUAAUUAUGAGAGUUCAAAGUGAACGAAAUAUCCACGCUGCUGAAAACAUAUCAACCCUAUAUGGGAAAUGGAGACGUUGACUUUGAGCCUGUUGACAUUCAGGGUCUGCUCCCAUUGCUUUCAACUGGAGGAGCAGCCUGGACUGUGCCAGAGUUCUUCAUAAACAAAUCUAUAUUAGUUGGCUGUGGUGGGUGGAGAGCUGGGGAAAAAACCUUAAUGCCAGUCUCCCUGAGCAAAACUAGCAAUUAAUUAAAGGAAUAAGUCACAAGGUCCUAUUUAUGCAGCUAUCUUUUGAAAGGGAAGCAUGAAAGAGAAACUGUUCCAUGGUGGGGUCUGUACUUGUUUGAAGGGAAAAGGGCAGAUCAAAUCAAAAGUGCAAAAGAAUCCUAGGAUUAUGGAACACAUUUUAUCUGUUACUGAAAUGAGAUUGGGAUGAUUCCUUACAGCAAUAUUUUCCUGCUCUUUAUCCAGCCUGGUUUCUGGAGGCUUCUUGCAGUGCUUAGAAAGGUAUGCAUACUGAGAAGCAGUUUCUUUUGCCAAGAGUUACAAUUUGCAUUUUGAAAGAGAAAGCUUAAUUAAAAUCUGAAUUUCUAAGCCACCUGCUGGGGCUUGCCAUCUUCCUUAAAUGUGUUUCUGCUUGAGAAUGAAAUGUUUUUCUUGAAUAUUAAACAAAAGUACUCUUUGGUUCCCAAACUGGAUAUUUAAAGAGAAAUAGGAUUUUUCGUAUAGAUACCUAGCAGCAGAAAUUUUUACAAAGUUCCAAAUUAAACUGCACAGUCAUUGGCAUGUUAAGAGUUUUUAAAAAAGAGGUUAUUUCUAUUAUAAAAAAGAUAUUCAGGAAUACAUUGUGUUUGUUAAAUAUUUUCUUAGCCACAGUGCUCAGGACAGUUGUUUGUUUGUUUACAACUUAUGUAUGUCACCGAAUAAAUGAAUAUCCUCUGGGAUAUGAACCAUAAAUUUACAAUGCAUGAGUAAAAACCUGAAAACAAGCAAACAAAUAAUUAAUUCUGAAGAAGAAGAAGAAUAAAUGCCAAACUAAAUAAACACAAUAAAAAUAGAAGUGAUAAAACUGCCACUAGCAAAUAAUAUAAAACAGCAUUCAAAAGCACUAAAUGGUUAAUUUAAAAUAUUUGGAAAAUAAAAAGACUGUAGUUUCCUAGUGAGUCUCUCUGCAGAGGGACACUAAGCCCACAAGAGCCUCUCCCCCUCUCUAGUAGCCACCUAUUGCACCUUAUUUGGCAAGGCUAUUGGAAUUUAAAAAAUUUAAGAUUUAUUUUUGUGCAAAGAGUCAUUGUACACCUUCAGGAUUAUACUUUUGUUCCUGCUUGCUUAUGGUAGAUGUUACAUAGAUGUUUCCCUUUGCUGACAGCAGGAUCAAAUCCUCAAUAAAGAAUUUAAAACUUACAUUACAAAAUGAUUAAAGCACUAAAAGCAGCAGUGGGAAAACAACAAUAAGAAGCAGUAAAAAAAAAAAAAUUACUUCAGAUACAGAGACUUUAAAAACCAAUACAAUAAAGCAAUCCUCUAUGGACCAAACGCCUUCUUUAAAAGGACAGUUUUAUACUAUAUUCCAGAAGGCCAUGAAACAGGGGCAAGACUUCUUCGCUGUAUUUCCACGUGAACAAGCUACUGAGGUCUGACAGCUGCCAGCUCAGUUGCCUCUUCCGAAAGCAGUGAUGUGUUGUCCAUGCCACUCUUUUUUAGUCACCCAGAACAUCAGCAACGCAUAGCUGAUUGAUGUGUGCGCCAGUAUCCUUCCAGUUGCCCUGAGUGAUAUGUGACUGGAUGACAUAAUCCGUGGACUUUGCGGUGUGUCUCUGACCUGCCUCGCUUGCUGUGUUGAUCCAGCUGUCAACUUCCUCACUGCAGACUUCCCUUCUUUGCAGCGCUUUAUGUCCAGAUUAGCAGUAGGCUCAAAUCAUAGCUGUCUGAGGCAGAGAUUGAGAAGAGAGUUUGCUCAUAAGCAGUUUCCUCUCAAACUGUCAAACCUUGUUAAAUGCCCUUCAGGAUUUAUGGGCAAUGCAGAGGAUUGUAAAUGCUCAUAUAUAUCUUAGCCAGGCUAACACAUUCUUCCUCAAAAGAAUCCCACCCAUAAUUCUUUUUAUAACAAGGAUGGGGAACCUCAGUUCCAGGGGGCUAAAUGCAGGCAUUCAGGCCUCCCUGUCUGGCACUGUGCCCAGACGACAUGUCUCACUGGCCCUCAUUCACACCCCAGUUUAAACCAGGGCAGUUCCCUUUGAGAGACUGGUAACUGCAUGUGACAGCAACCUUUUUGAGUUGAUGGGCACAUUUGAAAUUCUGAAAAUUUUCUGAUGCUGUGGGCACCAGUCACAAAAUGGCUGCCACGGUGGUUUGGCAGGACACAAAAUGACUGUUGCGUAAGGUGUGGCACAGCACAAAAUGCUGCCACAUUGAAAAGUUUUUAAAAUAUAAACAGCCAAACAUAUUCCAGGAAACUCCUUUUCCAAACAAAAGAAGAAGUCUGUUGCUGGUGAGGUAGUGUUGAUUAGAACUAGAAAAUAAAACAUAAAAAUUAUUCCUGAACUUAAUAAUUGCAAAUAUACAUACACAGUCAUAAAUAAAAAGAUGCAUUUAAUGCUUUAUGUUGAGUCAUUAUUACUAUUUUUAUUAUUUAAAUAAUUGCUACCCCACUCUACAGCCCCAAGACUUCCAGGGCAGUCUCUCUACCCCUCCUCUCUCACAUACACACAAAGGGGGGUGGGGAGAAAGAUGGACAGACCCUGCUCCCCAAGCUUACAAUUGGGGGACAUGAUGACACUAUUAUCUAUUAUUCUUAUUCUUAAUCAUUAAUGUUAUUACCCACCCUUCACCAAUAAGCCCCAGGACAAGAUUAGUAACACUUAAAGCAGAUUAUGAACCACAGGGAAAGGAUGAGCCCCGAAAACACAAAUCUCUUGACGCCAGGGUAAAGAGAUAUGUCUUCAGUAUUUGCUGAAAGCUAUAUAUUAAAAAAGCCCAAUGUACCUCUGAGGAGUUCCAUAACUUAGGGGGCUGCCACAGAAAAUGCCCUCUCCCAGAUUGCCACCCCUCCAAAUAAACUUCUGAAGGAGGUGGUAUUACCGAGAGCCCCCUUUGCUGAUCUUAACAUCCAAGAGAGUUUGUAAAAAAAGAGAGAGACAGUCUUUCAAAUAUUUGGGGCUCUAGUUGUUUGCAGAUUUAAACACUGAUAUGUGCACCUUGAUUUGGGCCCUGAAAUGUACAAUCCAUUUUAAAUUAGCACAGCCUUUCACAAUUCUGCCUGGGCAGCUUGGUCAGCUUGGGCAGAAUGUUCUGUUUUUUGAAGCCUCACAGCACAAAACUAAAAUGGGAAGGUGAAAGCUAAUUGGUGCUGUUUUCUUCCCCCUGCCCCCUUCUGUAUUCCACACAUGUUAAACUGGCAUUGUGGUCAGUAGGCUGAACUAGCACUGAGCACAGUUGCUCACAUGUUUUUGACUGGAUGCCAGUCUUGUGGUAGAGAUCCAUAGGAUGGAGCUUAGGGUGGACCUAUAAUUAAGCUGACUGGAAUAGUUAGGUUGAAAAUAAGAUUCUAAGCCACGAAUGGUUUAUGGAUAUUUCCCAAAUAGGAACAUUCAAUCAUACCGAUUUUAUUUUUUCCAGCUCAUGGUUUGUAAUGUUUUCCUUUUCCUUUCCCCCCUGUUCUUUUCCUUUUCCUCACUUCAGGCCUACCGGAAAAAGAUGAAUCAGCUUCUGCAGACCCUGAAUCAGAAGCUCGCAGCUCUUAACCAUGGGCAGGAAGGGAUAGUCAAGAUCAACGCAGCUGUCUCAGACAAGGUGGUUGCUUUUAAAAGUAAGCCCCCAUCCAUUCAACGAGAAAUGAUGAGUGUCUGCAGUGAUCCCUACACCUUGGCCCAGCAGCUGACACAUGUGGAACUGGUAAGUGGAGAGGAAGAUUUUUUGCUUUAUCUUUAGGUAAGACAACAUUUUCUAGAAAAUCCCUAUUGAGACUUUCGAGAGGAUUAAAAUAUGAUCAAAUCCCCUUCCCCAUGGCAGGAACUCAAAUGUGUUGUGGUAAAUUUCUGAAUGUAGGACCACAAGUACAGGGCAUCAUGUGAGUCCUUCAGUCCAAGCAAUUGCCCACUGGGAGGGAAUAAGAUAUCUUACUACUAAUAACAAAAGCUAACUUAUAUAGUUAAGAAACUAGUGCACCUACAGUAGACCAAAUAUGUACUGUUCAGGUUAAUGCUAGUUUCAGAUGCAGCCAUCUUUUUCUUCCCGCAUGCUGCAAUAUGAUAUUGAUUAGUAUUGGUCUUGAUGAAUGAAGAACACAAAGUUUCUCUGAAUAACCUUUCAUCCUUAAAUAUUUGCAAAAAGUUGACAUUGGAUGGUCAAUUUGGAUCUGGGAGAGGGUCUUAACCCUUCCUUCUACAUCAUCUUUCAGAUUAAAAUAUCCCCUCCAGGUACUCCAAACCGCUAAUUGCAUGUUACAUUUUCCCAAAUGGGGCAAGUAACAGACUGGGUGAGGGUAUUUUAAUCAAGAAACGAGUUCAGGGAGAAAGGAUUAAAUAUUCUUCCCAAGUGACAUGGUCCCAAUCCAAAUCAUCCAUCCCUUAUAUGUUGUUUGCACACACACAAAAUCAGACCUGUCAUCUUGACUAGUUUGGCCCUGAAGCAUUCAAGUUUUUAAUCAACCUUUUCAUCAGUGAGUAGCAGGUUCCCACUCGGAACCACUGCUCAGAAUCACCCCUUGUUUUUAUCCACUAGUCAAUUCUUGUUUCUUAUUGUGAGGAUUUCACAAGGUUUCAUUGAGGUGCCAAGUCGUCAUAGGUUUGAUGUGUUGUUUUUCUACCAACAAAUGCAUAUCUACUUCUAUAACUCAUGGUCUUAGGACAACGUAGACAUGAUGUGGGAGAUUCAUGAUUAGGAAUGCCCAUGGAAUUUAUUUUAGCAGCCUUACAUGGAACUGAUGCUCUUGGUUUGAGUUUAAAACUUUUUUCCUUGUCCGUUUCCCACUGGCACUUUCCUUGAUGUAAAUUACACUCCUAAUUACACAAAGCUACUAUUAGCUCCACAGGGCAUAUGUGUGUGAUGGGCUUAGAUGCUGUGCAGCUGGGUUCCCACUGCCCCACAGCACCUCAUAGCCACUUCGGUGCAGGUAUGGUUAUGAUCAAGGAAAGAGCUCAAGAGGAAAGAAAAACCAAGGGAGAAUCUAAUCAGAGAACUCCAGUAGCCUAGUCUAUUUCAGCUGGAAUGUCUUUCCUGCGUAUGCAGUAUAGACUCUAACCAUGUUGUAAUUGCUUUCUCUGUUGAGGAUGAGGAAUCUGUGGACUUGCUAGAUGUUGUUGGACUGCAAGUCCCAGUAGCCCCAGCUAGCAUGGCUAUUGUUUGGGUGAUGAUGAGAGUGUUAAUCAAGCAAUAGCUGGAGGGCCACAAGUUCCCCAUCCCUGCUGUAAGCAAUUCCUGAUGGAGAGUAAACCAGGCAGAGCUAGUCUGCCAGCCAGUGGUUUCAUAAAUUCCUUUUAAAUUCUGGUUUCAGAUCUGAAGGGUGCUACUUCAAGCACCAUAAAGUGAAUAAGUGAUUCCAGACGUGCUAUAUUACAAUUUAUUUCUCACUUUAUUUCUUGCAAAAGGAAAGGCUGGGUCACAUUGGACCUGAAGAAUUUGUUCAAGCAUUUGUCCAUAAAGAUCCUUUGGAAAGCACAAAGGUAUGACUAGCACUAUUGUUGCUGCUGCUAUUUCCAGUUGCAUUUAGUGGUGGACCUACAUUUUUUGGGCCCUGAAGCUUAAACUGAGAUGGGGGCCCCAUUGCAACCAGAAAUGAGGUCUGAGUAACCACUGUUAUCUUCUUCUGUGGGUUUGUUCUAUGACAGAUCACCACCAUUUAUUUAUUUUUAAAUUAACUACUGCAUCUCAUACAGUGGUACCACGGGUUAAGUACUUAAUUCAUUCCGGAGUUCCGUUCUUAACCUGAAAUUGUUCUUAACCUGAAGCACCACUUUAGCUAAUGGGGCCUCCUGCUGCCGCUGCGCUGCUGGAGCAUGAUUUCUGUUCUCAUCCUGAAGCAAAGUUCUUAACCCGAGGUACUAUUUCUGGGUUAGCAGAGUCUGUAACCUGAAGUGUACGUAACCUGAAGCGUAUGUAACCUGAGGUACCACUGUAUUUGGAUUAAAAUAGCUGCACUGACAUGUCAAAGUCACUGGUGUGAAUAAAAAUUCCCUAUGCUUAUAGCUUAGUACUUAUAGCUUUCGAGUUAUAACUCUGUUGGUAGAGUAUGAGACUCUUAAUCUCAGGGACAUGGGUGUGAGCCCCACAUGGGGUGAAAUAUUCCUGCAUUGCAGGAGGUUGGAAUAGAUUAUCCUUGUGGUCCCUUCCAACUGUUUUAUGAUUCUGUGGUGGGGUGAGAAUGAGGGAAAAUUAGGGAAAUAUUAUAUACAUGCAUGAUGGACGUUUUAAAGCAUUUUUUCUAAGCAAUGUGGAAUAAAGUUGCUUCUGGGGCCCCCUCUGGAAUUAGGGACCCUAAAGUUUACAAUUCAUUAGUUUCAUAGUAGAUCUGUCCCUGGUUGCAUUACCCAUUCUGAGUGAGCAAUUCAAAGAGUGGGAUGUGCAGCAAUUGGGACUACACAGUAGGCAGUACACAUCUGUUUAUAUUUAUAGGGAGGCGCCUGGAACAUGUUUUUCAGAGUUGCAUGAAGCUGUGGUGUUUAGGACAUGGUGCUCAUGCACACAGUGUACAUUUGAAAUAAGUCCACGGAACCAUUUCCUACCUGAUGUUCUUUUGGGGUUUCAAAUGCCCCUGAUGUGCACCUUGUAGCUGAAAUAAGAAGAAAAGCGUGGUUUUGUAUUGGUAAUUAGAGAGUGCAUAUUUUAAUAUUCUGUGCUGCAAUCCCAGUAGGGGGGAAAUUAGCCUCUGCCUGUGCAUAGUCAGCUCCUUGCUUGUUAACGUCAAGGGCAACAUGCCCAUUAGUGUCUGUGAGAAAGAAAAUAGGAGAAGGUGCUGCUUUAUGCACUAUUGGUGCACAGAUAAUUCUUCAGAAGCAGGUUUUGGCAUGUGACUAGCUGGAUGUAAUCACAAUGCAGUAACUAAAAGCAAAGUAUUCCUAAGACUGAUAAUACAGCAUCUGUAAGGCUGGUACAUUGGAGAUGAAAUACGUUAAAGGAAACUUCUUAAUGCAGCAUAAAUUUCUGAUGGCUAGGAAAUUUUGUUCACUUACAAUGCAUACAAAAAGAAGUAAAGAAUAUUCAUUGAAACAAAAGAACAAAAUACCUGGGGUGAUAGUAUGAGGAAAGUGGCCCCUUCCCUCGUUGGACUACAGACCUAUUGCAUUAACAUCUGUAGUAAUGAAAUGCUUUGAGAGAUUGGUCCUUCAACACCUUAGGACAUGUUUUCCACUGGAUUUUGAUAAACAUCAGUUCGCCUAUAGGAGAAAUAGGUCAACAGAUGAUGCCAUAGCUACAGCCUUUCACCUUGCAGUGAGUGAGACCGGGGAAUUAUGUUAGAAUGUUGUUUAUUGAUUAUAGCUCGGCUUUUAAUACCAUCCUUCCGGACAUUCUUAUCAAAAAGCUGAUGGAACUAGACCUACCUUCUACCAUCUGUGACUGGAUCAAAGACUUUCUGAGGGAUUGGACACAAACAAUGAGGAUUGGGCGUGUUACAUCUACCUCCCUGAAGCUCAGCACUGGCACCCCACAGGGAUGUGUGCUGACUCCUUACCUGUACUCGUUGUAUACAUAUGACUGUAUUUCAUCUGAUUCAUCCACUGUAAUUAUUAAGUUUGUCGAUGAUACUACCAUAAUGGGUCUAAUUACAGGUGGGGAUGAAUGAGCGUACAGAGGGGAGGUUCAAAAAGUAUCUACAUGGUGCUUAGAGAAUGACUUGCACCUGAAUAUUAGCAAGACAAAGAAGAUGGUAUUGGACUUUCGGAGGAAGAGAGGGGAACUAGCCCCGUUGUAUAUCGGAGCAGGGGGUUGUGUGGAGAGAGUCUCUUCAUUAAAAUUCCUGGGAGUUUACCUUAGUGAAGACCUCACUUGGAAAAACAAUAUAACUCAGGUGGUUAGGAAGGCCCAACAGAGACCCCACUUCCUCAGGGUCUUGCGAAAGAACAAUGUUAAACAACAAUUGAUGACCUCCUUCUACCGGUCCAUAAUAGAAAGUGUCCUCUCAUAUUGUAUCACAGUGUGAUACGUUGGCUUGACAGCCAUGGACAGAAAGUCUUUACAGAGGGUGGUGAACACAGCACAUGAUAUCAUGGGCUGUCCCCUGAGCCUGCUAGAUGACAUUGCAAGGGAUGGUUGCCUUAGGAGAGCGAGAAAAAUUCUCAGGGAUGAUUCACACCCCAGCCAGCACCUCUUUAAUCUUCUACCCUUGGGCAGGAGAUAUAGAAGUAUAAUCAGUUGUACAAACAGGCUAAAAAACAGUUUCUAUCUGUGGGCUGUUAGGCUGCUGAACAGAAAAUAAUAUAGUGCAACAGACUUUCGGGGUUGGUGUGUUAUGCGACAAGCACACAGAGUGCAAUGAGAUUGAGUGUUUGGGGGGGGAGGCUCUGUUAAUUUUGUUGUACACAGGUUGUACAUUGACAAUAAAGGUGGUAUUAUUAUUAUUAUUAUUAUUAUUAUUAUUAUUAUUAUCAGCAGACGUUGCACAAAUCAACAAAUACCUCAAAAUUAGCCAUGUGUCUUGCAACAUCUUCCAUCCAUUUUCCAGUGGGAUUUUAAAGGGGAGCAUGUUGUGCUUUUGCUUCUUAUUUUGCUGGGAUUGAGUUAGGGUGCUUGGUCACUGCAUUAUUUGUUGCGGGCUAUGGGAGGAAACUGCCUUUUGAUUUCAUUGGCUUCCAAAUAAUUUUUUGGGUCUGUAGAUUAUUUUGACCGCCAAACUGCAACUCAGAGAACUUUAAUUUCCUUGCUGCUUUCUUUCCUCAAAUUGGCCUGUCAUCUUCUCCUCUCCACAAUUGCUUGUGAUGCAUACAUAUCCUCAAGUGCUGCUCAGUUCAGCAGACAGGAAUAGGGGCAGAAAAUGGGACUCGGCGAGGUGGGGGGCACAGGCAAGAAGUGGUGCCAUUCACCUGAUCUCCAGUUGUGCUGGGGAAUGUAAAGAUUUAAUACACAUCUCUAAGUGAUAACCAAGAAAACCUUUAGAUUAGAUGAUAAAAUGAGGACACAGUAGUAAAUGUUGGUUGAAACAGAAACAUGUCUACACUAAAACUGAAUCAGAUUUUAAAAAGCAGGCAAUGGAGCGUUCAUAGAAUCAUAGAAUUGUAGAGUUGGAAGGGACCACAAGGGUCAUCUCGUUCAACCCCCUGCAAGGCUGGGAUAGCUCAGUUGGUAGAACAUGAGACCCUUAAUCUCAGGGUUAUGAGUUUGAGGUCCCAUAUUGGGCAAAAGAGUCCUGCAUAGCAUUUUGUGUACCAGUUGUGUCAUCUUGUGAUAAGGGUGCAUUAUUGUCACAAAGUACAGGGUGUGGCACAAAUUGCAGCUUUGCACUAGCACAACCAUCCUUACAUGAAACAUUUCAUAUUUGUUUGCUAAUCUUUGUGUGUAUGUAUGCACGCACAUGCAUGCAUAGUCGAAAGACAGUGACUGACCUAAGCUACUAAAUUAAAUUAAGGGGGAAAAGUUGAGAUGAUGAAAUGAGGACAUAGGAGUCUAUGUUGGUUGAAACCGAAAGACUUCUAGAGUGAGACUAAAUUGAACUAAAAAAAACAAGGCGUGGAGAUGUUGAGUGCUAUGUUAAUGGAUGCCCAAAGGCUUUGCGUGCCAUGGAGCAUUAAAUAUACUUGGAUAUAAAAGAAUCCAAGUAUAGCAACGGGAGAAAAGUACAAGGAGUAAUUAAGGAUAAUGUAACAAAAUAUGAGAUGGAGAUGACAGAAGAGAACAGUGUGUGAAUUCCAGAGAGUGAAUGGCAAAGUGGCGGAACUAGAAUUCAAACCCAUUUUGUCAACUAGAAAAUAAAUACUAAUAUGGGUAGCUUCACCUAACUAAGAUUUAAUGAAUGGUUAUAUUCAUUAGAUGAUAAGGUGCUGCUACAUGACAGACCUGCUGGAUACGCAAGAGAGUCAAAAGGGGGGGAAAUUACAGCAAGCCAUGGAUCCAGAAGCAAACUGUGACCCUGCUCCUACAAAGGGAGUGCAACCACAUAGCGGCAGGCAACUUCUCAGACCCAGGAACUACUUACCCACAAUGGCUCUGUCUUGCUAGGAUUCAAGCUCAGCUUAUUUUACCUUAUCCAUUUCACCACUGUGAUCAGCCAAUGGCCCAUUGUGGUACUAUAUUUCAUAGUUUAACUUGAUCAUUUUGGUUGCCCUUUCCUGGACCUUUUCCAGCUCUGCAAUAACCUUUUUGAGGUGCAGCAACCAUAUACGGCAUUCCAAGUGCAGUUGUAUCACAGAUUUGUGUAACAAGGGUUAUGAUAUUGGCAGUUUUAUUUCAAUUCCCAUUCCUAAUUAGCCCCAACAUGAAAUUUGCCUUUUUCACAGCUGCUGCUUGCUGAGUUAACAUUUUCAACAAGCUAUCCUCUGUGACCCCCAAGAUCCCUUUCCUGGCCAUUCACGCCGCUUCAAACCCCAUUAAUUCAGUAUGAGCAAGGCACUUCCUCCUGCUGCCAUGCGCUGAGACAGAGAAGCAAGAGUUAUAUUUAUUGAAUUUGCAUCACAUCAUACUGCAAUGGGCUCCAGGCUGCUUACAUUUUAGAAGGGCCUCCUGUUUCGUGUGAUUCCCCAAUGCCCCCUUUUAAUCUUCUUUAGCCUUAGGAUACAUUUCUACAAUACAGAUAUAUGUGCAAACACUGCAAACACUCAAAAUCCCAGGCAACACUCUUUCCCAGAUUACCCUAUGCAUGAGAGCCCCUUUUCGCUAACUUCGUCCUCAUGGAGCUCACAAUUUACUCAUCUUAUCCUCAGGCUCUAAAAUAGAAAUCAAUUAUCACAUUAAUGAAAGAAAGAAAAAUCUUCUGAUACCCUCUAGUGGCUGCAAACAAAAAAUAAUAGGGGGAAAAAUCAGAAUAAUCAGCCAUCUCUGGAAGAUUAUCCUAAGGAGAAGGUGGUAAAAGGUGCUGGAGGUGAUUUAAAAUCAUCAAAAGAAUUCAGAUACCAAACUAACCUUCUCACUCCCAUGCAAUUGCCUAGUAACCACAGCCGAAAGAGCACGUCACAAAAAUGACAUUUCCUGAUGAAUUUUGCCAUCUGAGUGACUUGUUUCACAGCAACCAAUGAUACAGAAAUAGGUCAGCGAUAAAGAAUUGGGUAGUGAAGAUAUUAUUUUCUCAAAGACAAGAGCAUGUGAAGGAAAUAAUAUUUUAGGCAAAAAAAUAUUCUGUACUGUAACUCUAUCAUAUUUUGCUUUGCUGUUGAUUCCCCCCAACUUAAUCAGAAAUUUUGUUUCAUGCAAGACAACACCAUGGGCAAUUGGAUUUGCCAAACUGUAGGAACUCUUGGGAGUCAAAGGCGUAAACUUAAUACAUAUUACAUGGAAAGGCGUCCUUGUCUGAUUUUAUUUUCUCCAGAUUCUUGUUGCAUACAGCAAUAUCCUGGCUGUUAAUAUCCUAGGGAGCACCAAUUGGAAUAAAUUGCCUCGUGUGCAAUUGCUGUAGGCAAAGUGGGACUGUUCAUCAUUCACUGAUUUGAUUUGUAGAAAGCUUUGCAUUCUGUUAAGCCCAACACAUCUGCCACUACCCACCCACUGACAUCUAAAGCUCUGUCCCACAUGCACGGUCCAUUUAUGUGUGUGUGUGUGUGUGUGUGUGUGUGUGUGUGUGUGUGUGUUUGUGUUUAUAGGUAUAUGUCCACAUGCUUUUGAAUGUUGUUGAUGAUAGAAAUGUAUGCUAUUGAUCAUAGAACAAGACUCUGCAGUUACUGUGAUAUUAUAUAUCUUAUUAUAUAUAUUAAAGCACAGCAGAAGCUAGUUUAUGUCAUGUCAGGUCUUUGUUUUUCAGCCUUGUUUCAGUGAACAGAAAAAAACUAGCAACCUUGAGGCCUAUGUCAAAUGGUUCAAUAGACUCUGCUAUCUUGUAGCAACAGAAAUCUGCAUGGUAAGUUGAAUACCAUUUGUCUGAUUGUGGAACUUUGAGACUAUUUACUCACAAAAGUGGAGCAUAUAUAUAUAUAUAUAUAUAUAUAUGGACUAAUCACAGAAUGUACUUUGGGUUUUUACACUUUUUAUACUUUUCACAGAAACACUGCGGUAUAUAAAUGGUGAAAUAGGCUAUUGAUGCAGCGAUAGAGCAGUAAUUUUGCUGUAGAAUUUUAGACAGUUGUGUCUCAUAAGUGGACUGUGUAUUAACAGUUUUCCUCUUGCCCUGCUCCUCUCCUGGGGAAAACUCUUAACUUUAGUAUUAAAUUGGAGUAUUAACUGGAGUAUUAAAUUGGAGCAUCAAUCUGGAGAAAACCUGAAUUGCUCUUUGUUCCAAUUGAACGCUGUUGGUUGGCAUCUGUCUGUAUCCAACUAACAUGUCCCAUGCACAAGAUUAACACUUGUGCAGUAGAGAUCCCCCUUUCCUCCUCCUGCGUGCAGCUGGAGCACUCACCAAAUCUUCUCCAGGUGGGGUGGGGAAAACCCUUAGAACAGAUUUAGGAGGUGCAUGAGGGGAGGGGGUGAAGUUCCAUUGUGCAAGCAGAGAUAUUGCAAUGAUGGUGCACAUUAGUUGGAUACCAACCUUUGAAUGGAAUAGACUUGUACAGUAAAUAAUGGAAAUAACUUAUUAUUGUGUUUUCUUCCCAUCAUGGUCUUAAGGAAAACCAAGCAGAAGUAUGGGGUGCUAUCGUUAUAGUAUCACCCUGUACCAUUUGGUUGUUGAACUAACCCAGGCUACACACUCCCCAUACAUAUAAAGCAUUUGUCUUCCCCCAAGGAAUCAUGGGAACUGUAGCUUGUUAAGAGUGCUGGGAACUGUUGCUCUGUGAGAGGUAAACCACAGUCCCCAGUAUACCUUGGCAGAAGUCAUGUGCUUUAAACGUGUGGUGUGUAUGCAGCCUUAUCUGAGAAUGUUUGGGAUAACUAUUCUCUUGCCAAGACCUAUCUGCCUAAAGAUGCCAUGUACAUGUGUAUAGGAGGGAGAGAACACAGGUAUUCCUGCUCACCUCAGCUCUAGUCCACUCCCUAGUGCUAUGUGGCCCUUGACCAUUUCCCCCAGAGAAAAUAUGGCCCUUGGCUUAGAGGCUGCCCACUCUACUUCUAGAACAUACGGAAGUGCCCAUUGUUUGUGACAGAAUACUGGGUAGACUGAUGGUAGGUAAUUUUCACUAUAUCCGUUUUCAGCUAAAUCUCUUUCACGAUUCAAUCCUUCUGACUUUAACUUCCUUUGUUAUCAUUAAAAAGAGAUGGGAGCACAAAAAACACUUGUGAAAUGAUGAACAUUGUAUAAAAUUUGAAAUUAUUGUGAAUUGAAGAUAUUAAGGACGUGGAUUUACAAAUGUAAAACGAAAGAACCAAGAAGGGAAGUGGAGGAAAGUCAGGGGAUUUUGGAAAUCCCACACUGGGGAGUUGUGAGGUUUUUAUUUUCUGUUAUUGUAAAAAUUAAUUUAAAAAUAUUAUAAAAGAGAGAGAUGGGAGCAGGCCCAGAUUAAAGCAACUGGAGGUCUUGGGAGGCCCUGGGCUAGGAGGACCUAGGAGGCCCAAACUUAAUAGCAUUUGAUCAUGAAAAGCAAAACAUUGUUACUAAGCAAUUGGGCCUGGUUAGUAAAUCUUUUUUUGUAUUUUUUGUAUUGUUUCAUUUUAUUAAAAGCAAGAAGCUGAGGGCCCCCUUAGAUUAUGAGGCCCUGGGCUGUAUCCCAUGCAGCCCAUAUGUAAAUCCGGCACUGGAUGGGAGUAUUGUGAGAUACAAGAAACACAAAAGAAAAUUCUCCAGAAAUCUACUAAUUUCAAGAUUAAUGUCUUUUCUCUCCUCUUAAGACCAAGUCCAGAAAAAAAUUGCACUGAUUGGCGCCAAGCCCAGAAAAAGUUACAGUAAUUGACAUUUUAUUGAUAGCUAGUUGGACAGACUAUUAGUGGAAUUAAUAGUCUUUAGAGUACAGGUUUAUGUGUCAAUGUUGGGUCAUUGCUUGAAGACAUUUUUAAAGGUAUAAUAGACUUUGGUCACUCUCCCUGGUAGGAUCCUUGAUUUUGCAAGUUGCCAGCAAUGAGUGUCAUUAAUCAAACAGCUUGAAUGGGAUUUUGUAGCUGUUUUGAAAUCAAUUGAACUGUAGAAUAGGGCAUCUCUGUCUGACACAGUGUUCUGACAUCUCACAGGGGUUUUUUUACACUUGUCUUCCAUAGCUGUUUUAUCUGUCUGUUUAUUUGCAGCCUGCAAAAAAGAAGCAGAGAGCACAAGUCAUUGAGUUUUUCAUUGAUGUUGCUCGCGAGUGCUUUAACAUCGGGAAUUUUAACUCGCUGAUGGCAAUCAUAUGUAAGUGUGUUAUUGUCAUUUCUGAAUUAUAUUAAGGAUAUGUAAAGUGGAUUCCCUUUCCUAAUUGUUGUAACCUGCCCUGGGACCUUAGGGUGAAGAGUGGAUAAUAAAUUGUAAUAAUAGUAACAAUAACAAUAACAAUAACCGUAACAGCAACAGCAACAGCAACAACAAUAGCAGCAACCACAACAAUAAAGUCUUCCUCUGUUCUUUUUCCUCUUAUUUUCCUCCAGCCGGUAUGAACAUGAGUCCAGUCUCCAGGUUAAAGAAGACUUGGUCAAAAGUGAAAACAGCCAAAUUUUUUAUCCUUGAGGUAAAAUGUUCAGAAUUACGUAUUUGCUAUUCAUGCAUUUAUUUAAACCAAAUAUUGCUAGGCAAGGGCCAAAUGAUAUGAUUGGCUUUGCAUAUCACAUUAAAUUAAAGAUGGUAAAGAAGUAAAAAGCAGAAAUAUCAGGAAUAAAGUCCAGACCACAAAUAAGUGCACAAAUGUAUUCUUUUCCAGUCUUGUCUAUUUAGCGCAGGCCAUGGUUAAGAGCUAUACUGAGUUCUGGUGUUAUCUUGACUUAACUAGCAACCCUCAUGCUAGGAUUGACGGGCAUUAAAACCAGAGAAUAUAUCAAACAGCUACCAAGUUAUGGGCAAUCAGUGCCUGAAAUCUGUCAGCAGGGGAAAUUGCGCAUCAGACUAUCCCGUGGUAAUUUUGGAAAUGUCUGUAUUUGCUUGGAAUCAAUUGUGAGGCUCACUGCUGAGGUUCCUAUGAUAAUGUAAGUUAGGCAAGCCAUUUCCUCUGUAGAGUACUUUCAGAAUAUCAUUUUAAGGAGCAACCCUCAGGUAUACCUGUGCUUCUUAAUUCAGUUAACAAGUUCUACAUACUAUACAACUGUUGCUACCGCUUCAGUCAGUCCUUCUUGCCACACACCUUUGCUUGUCUUGGUACAAGUGGGCUCUCUCUUGAAAAACCGAGUGGACUGCCAGUUUGUCCAGCAUACAAAGUUGAAGUAGGCCUGUCUCAUUUGUAGAUGUAUGUGCAUGUUCACACACACACACACACACAUGCAUAAGUGUUUGGUGUAAUUACAUGGUCGCACCACUGUACAAUCCUGGCAUUGCUCUGCACUCCGGAAACAGAUUAAUCGAGGAGUGGCAGUUGCCGUUUAAUAUUCUGCCAUUAGGGUAAACCGUGUGUGAUCUGUGUGUUUGUCUGUGCCUAACAACAACAAAAUAAGUAGUGACCACUAACAACAACAACAAAAAUCAUCAUAUGGAAGCAUCUUUAGAAGCACUCUUAGAGGACUGAAGGGUUUUUAUCAUGACAAAAAUGUUACGGACUGGUCACUCUUAAGAAACUAGAUGAAAAUAAAUGAAUAGAAAUUGACCUGAAAAGGAGGUGUUGAGUAGUUUUGUCUCUAGUUCACCUGUAUUGCUUACCACAUCAGCUUUGCACUGCAAAGGCAAUUCAAAAUAUCUUUUGAUCUUCCAAUGUUUUCUUCCUCUCUAGCAUCAAAUGGACCCUACAGGUAAUUUUUAUAACUACAGAACUGCAUUGCGGGGAGCUGCACAUCGGUCCCUAACAGCACACAGCAACAGGGAAAAGGUAUUAUUAUCAUCAUCAUCAUCUUAUUUUUCCGCCAAGAAGCUCAGCACAAUACAGUGGACUCUCGGGUUGCGAACGUGAUCUGUGUGCAUCUGCGCACGCGCGGGUUGCAAUUCGGUGCUUCUGCACAUGCGCGAGCCUGGAAGUAACCCGUUCUGGUACUUCCGGGUUUCAGCGGGUCCGUAACCCGAAAAAACGCAACCUGGAGCAUCUGUAACCCAAGGUAUGACUGUAAACAUGCUUCUACACCAAUAUUAUCCUUACAACAACAAAGGUAGGUUAGGCUGAGAGAUAAUUGACUGGACAAAGUCAUGCAGUGAGGUCCAUGACCAAGCAGCGACUCAGCCUGUGUCUCCUUCACCUGCUCCAGAUCACCAUGCUGCCCUGGAACUGUUUCUUUUCACAGCCCAUACUGGCUGGUUUUAUAGUUGUUCAUCUUUUCAGCAUCCCUGCAUGAGAGGCAAAAUACUGUGAUAUUCUGAAGGUUGCAUCCAACUGUUGCUCAGCUGUCAGUGUCUUCUAUCAGUAGAGCAGGGAGGGAAGAAAUACUCAGUGAUUCCUCAUUCCCCCACUGGAGGGUUCCCCAGCCCUCUGGAGCAGAGGCAAGACAAUGUGGUGCAGGUCCUUUGAAAUGAAGAUUCUGCAAUUAUAUAGGCUCCCUGAUUGCCUCAGCUGCAAGUAGCGAGGUGGGGAAGAGCCCACACCACUGGGGAAUCUUUUGCCCUAGUCUGAACAAAUAGAUCCAUAGGGAGAUGAUAAGAGGUAUAAUAAGGAAGGAUAUAUAUAAUAAGGAAAUGAAUAUGAGACAGCCACAUUCAUGCUUGAAUGAGAAGCUGAUACUUUUAAGAUGCUUAUGCAGUCUGUCUCUAAGGUAUAGCCAUGCAAGCCUGUUUCUCUAUUACUUAUCUCAUUUCCUGUGGAAGUCAUUCAUGCUGGUUACAUGGGAAAGUUUCUCUUUAAAACCAAGGGCAGCAGAAGGUUAAUAGUCAGAUGGAAACGCAAGGGAUAAAGACUACAUCCUCCUUUAACUGAAUGCAUAAUGUGAUAGUUGCCAAGAAGGUGUUUAUGCAUCAAAUCCAGACCUCAUCAUGGUUUGGUGUUUUCAAAUCCCACAGCCACUAUAGCUGUAAUUCUGCUCUCCAAGCCUUAAUGUCAUUUCUUCAUAUUUUUUUAAAAAAUGUAAUAUUUUUACUCACCCUGGGUCAAAUGAAAUGAAAUGUGAUUGCUAUUAAUUUAAAGAUAAAUAUUGUCCACUGCUGGUUAUAUAUCCAAGCCCUCCCUCCUUCUUUUGAAGUACCGGUAUAUAAUAUAAUCUGACACUUUGGGCUUAGUUUUCUUAAUGCUUGAAUAGAAAUGGGGGGAAAGACAGAGGUUAAAUUAAUUAAAUCAGGUAGAGAUUGAAUAUAUUUUUUGAAAGUUAAAAAACACAGCUUUGAGUUGUGAGUUGCUGUGGAAAGUGUGCAUACCCACACGCAUACAGAGGAUUCGUUAUUUGAAUGGAAGUGUAUAUUACAUCAUGGAGUGGAUUUUUUUCUAGGCAAGUGCAGGAGAUGAAUAUCUUAAGACCUUAAUUGACUAUCUGAUUUGACUUGCAAAUUCUCAGCACGUUGAAGCAGACACAGUGACUGCUGCUCACAGUAGACUACACAUUCAAUGUGUCAUGCAUUCCAAUGGACUGUUAUCAGAAAGUAACUGUGUGGAGAAUUUAAUUUAGGGCUAUGCAGAAGAAUAGGAUCUGAACAGGGAAGCCAAAAUGACAUUCUUACAUUGUGUAUUGAUGCUUUCUACUUUUGAAAGCUGGGGUACAUUCCACGACUCUUUGUGUUUGAUUUUUAAAAAAUUGUUUAUACUGUAGUUAAGUCAUUCAUUGUUUAUUUACAUAAUUUAUAUCGUGCCCCUUCAAUAUGUAUUUACGCUUCCAAGACACUCAAGAAAAAGGAAAAGUACAAAAAAGCAUACAGUAAUAGUAAAAAAGAAGAGAAUGACGUGAAAUUUAGAAAUAGUGGGGCCCUCUUUGUAUGACAGACAGAGUGGGAGUGAGUGGGGAAUUCUAACUGUUGCCCUUAGUGUAGGUUUUUUUAAAUCAUGGGAUUGUUAAUUUGUUCAUGUGAUUUAUUGGGCUUGUUUUCAUGGAUUCCGUGAUUUCCAUAUAUUAUUUUUUCCAUAUAUUAUCUUUAUUACUAUUAAUAAUAAUAUUCCCCACCCCACCCUGGGAUUGAAAUAUUCACUGAAGAGCAGGUUUGAAUUUAGAAAUAAUAAAGAAAACUACAAUAUAAUAAAUAGGGUUGGGGAGCAAUCUUUACCUCUAUGCACACCUCUCAGCUCAGCUCAGCAGGGCUUUUUUUUUUUUUUUUUUACUGCCUUGCCAAAGUUGGCAGCUGGGCCAAAAGGUGGGGGGGGGGGUGUCAGACAGAUCACUGUACCAACCUGCACCUCCCAUGCCUUCAUGUGAUGGCUGCAGGUCUGGCUCAGGAUCCAGCAGAUCCCAGGACAGCUCAGCCCCACCCCCUGGAAGGCUCUAUUUUGUUGGGUGAAAGAAGCUGUGCACCAGCUCAGUAAUGCUGGCAUCACUCUGCAGUUGCGGUCUGAUUCCCUCGGCCUGAAGCAAGAUGAGUGCCGAAUCCCAUAGUUGCCUUUGACUGGACUUAACUGUCCAGGGGUCCUUUACCUUUACUUUUUUACCUAAUGAGGGCACCCGGCAGGCCCCCUGAGGGGAUUGCAAAGGUGAGGAGGCUCUCUCUGUGUAGUUGCCAGCAAUUACACUUGAGAUUGUAAGGGACGCGGGUAGCGCUGUGGUCUAAACCACAGAGCCUAGGGCUUGCCGAUCAGAAGGUCGGCGGUUCAAAUCCCUGCGACGGGUUGAGCUCCUGUUGCUCAGUCCCAGCUCCUGCCCAGCAGUUCGAAAGCAUGUCAAGAGCAAGUAGAUAAAUAGGUACUGCUUCAGCAGGAAGGUAAACGGCGUUUUCGUGCACUGCUCUGGUUCACCAGAAGUGGCUUAGUCAUGCUGGCCACAUGACCCGGAAGCUGUCUGUGAACAAACGCCGGCUCCCUCGACCAGUAAAGUGAGAUGAACGCCACAACCCGAGAGUCGUCUGCGACUGGACCUAACGGUCAGGGGUACCUUUACCUUUACCUUUUACACUUCAGAUUGUGUAGUGAAGAAAGGUCUCAGGUGGCUGUCUCAGUGGACAGGCUGACUGAUGUGAGAGAAGGCACUCUUAACAGGUAUUUUGGGCCUAAGCCAUGUACGGCUGUAAAGAUUAAGAGCAACAGUAUGCAGAGGCGAAGCAACCUGCUCCAGUACCCGGAACAGUGUUCAUCCCAGUGGGCGUGGCGCAUGGCCCAGGGGGGGUGCGCGUCCUGGGGGGAUGCGGAGAGCGGUGCGUGCCCCGGGAGGUGCCGCCAAUCAGGGGUCAGCAUCUUGUCAUCCCCCCCUUUGGAAUGGCAUCCGGGGCGGCCACACACCCCCGUAAUGCCCCUGACAGUAUAUCUAGCAUAGUUGCACCAACCCAUUUCAUGUAGCAAUUCAUAGGAGGGUCAGAGCUUGAGGAUACCGUAUUUUUUGCUCUAUAAGACGCACCAGACCACAAGACGCACCUAGUUUUUGGAGGAGGAAAACAAGAAAAAAAAAAUUCUGAAUCCCAGAAGCCAGAACAGCAAGAGGGAUCACUGCGCAGCGAAAGCAGCAAUCCCUCUUGCCGUUCUGGCUUCUGUGAUAGCUACGCAGCCUGCAUUUGCUCCAUAAGAUGCACACACAUUUCCCCUUACUUUUUAGGAGGGAAAAAGUGAGUCUUAUAGAGCAAAAAAUACGGUACUUUAUGUGCUCUUCUAAUUAUCUGCCUAAUGAUGACUCUUUCAUCAGUCCCUUGGCCCAGCCGGUGACAGUGCACUAAUUUCAGCUGCGUCAAAAUGAUCUCUCACACACCUUCCAUCUACACACACACAUGUACACAAAUAUACCAGAAAAUACAAAAUAGGUUAAAAUACAUAUCAGAAAUCCAACUUACAACAUAUACAGAUAAAUCAUGUGAAAAGCAAUGUGUGAAGUGGUUAGAAUGCAGCAUUCUUGUUGAUGUGUGGCAAUCAGAACUGCUCACAGUAUUCCAAGUAUGGUUGCAGCACGUGAUGACAUUAUGAUAUUAGCAGAUUUCACUUCAAUCCAUUUCCUAAUGAUCCCUAACAUAGCAUUUACCUUUUUCACAGCUGCCAGCCACAAACUGGGUUAACAUUUUCAACAAACUAUCCACUAUGACCUCAAGAUCUUUUUCAGUCAGUCAUUCACCGCCACUUUAGACCCUAUUAUCAUCAGUGAUGUAGAUAUGAAUUUUCCCCAGAGUGCUCUGUUUUUCUGCAAUUUUCUGUGUCGUAAGGUCAUUAGUAACAAUGAAUGGCUGCCAAUUGCAAAUAAGAAAUCAGGCUAGCUUUGUUUACUAAACACAAGGAAAUAAACAUGCUAAGUUAGGCUAUUCUCUAGGGCAUCAGAACAUUAUCUGUUGCAAAUUACCGUAUGCAAAUUAUCCUAAUUUGUGGAAGCACUGAUAAUUAUAUCCUGUUACAAUUCACUUACUAGUGGAACCACAUUAGGGCUAAUUUUUCAGUAUGAAAAUUGGCUUUUGAUAGGGGAGAGUGACAGGAGAGGAGCAGCUACAUUAUCCUUUUAACAUACACUUACUUUUGUUUUGUGAAUAUUUUAGCUUCAGCAAGGGCAAACUCCCUCUUGGGAUUCCCAAUGGCUUUCUUUUUUCGAUGCACAUACUGCUCAAGCACACCAGUACCAUAAAUAACUUGAGGACAUUGGUUGCCAAACCAAAUGACUACUUUACUGCUACACUUUUCCAGAGUCUUACCUUUCCUCAAGGCUAUAGUACUCUAGUGUGUACUUAAGUUACAGUUCAGUUCAUUUACCAAAGGACCUGGGGAUAUAUUUGAAAGAUAUGCCCAGCUGACUUAUUCAUUCUCACUUUAAUAGAAACUAUAGCUCCUGUAGGAGAGACAGGAAUUCACUAGCUAGGUGAGUUUAAAUCUUCUUCAGGGAGCCUGGCACAGUGUUUUGUGAGUGAAGAGGAGCUGCCCUUAUAAGACCCUUGCGAGCUACACUCCAGGUCAAGUUAUAGUGAAAUGAAUAGACCAUUGUUGCUCUGCAGGAUAACCUAGCAGACUUGCUUAUCUACCUUUGCCCUGUCCUUGGCUGAUAAAGCAUCUGAGAGAAAACUGUCUACAGUGGGAAACCCAAAAAGAGAGUCAAGUAUAAGGGCAGUGGCAGAGGAAUAUUUCACAGAUUAUGAUUCAGCUAUGUUAAUGUUUUAAGUUUAUAUUACUCAACUAUUAUUUUCAUAUAUAAAAGUAUUUAUAGACCACUAUUUCACUGUAAAAAAAAUCAAAGCAGUUUAAAACAAAAGUACAUAAAGCCAUAUAGUGAAAACCAUAUAGUCCCCAGACUUGGUAAGUUAAGCAUAGUUCCGAAUCUGAAUAAAAAAUAAAUAUGGUAUAUUUUGGUAUAUACCAAACAUGGUAUAAGACAAGAUAGAUACCCAAUGUAAAUCCAUGUUGCUUCAUUUGAUACUUUUGAAAUUUAUACCAGGUGAGGAUCAAACUUAAUGUGAAACAUCCAGCAGAUAGGUACCAACUUCACGGCAUAUCUUUCGUUCCCUCCUGUGAAAAUUCUUUAAAUCAGAGCCUUCGUCAUGUUAAGUCAUGAGCAUCUACUUUUCUAUAUGUUGGCUUGAUUGGGGUUUAAUUGUUAAUGCUCACUUCAUCAAGGGCUUAUGCAACUACGUUGUGCUCUUUGCCUCUUUACUGUCUGUACACUGGUGAAAGUUAAUCACCUUGCUUAUUAAAAUGUUAAUGUUAACAAAAUGAUGUUAAAUAUCGAUGUUACUGAAAUAUUAAUAGGUAAUAAACUGAAACCUUAAUUCCACAAAGCUUAGAUAGAUUGUGUUUUGCCAAUUCACAUAGAAAAUCUCUUCAGCAUGACAGCUAUUUUGUGGGUUGUUAUCUCUUGUAUCUCCUCUAGGCCUCACUAGUAUUAGUAUUUCGUCAUUAGAGUAGUACUGUACACUGAAAAGUUAAUCUCUCUUUUCUUCUUGUGAAUGAACAGUUCUUUCAUGCAUAAAGAACAGAACUGCGAAAGAUAAUAGUCAUGUCAUUCUUUUCACAGAUUGUGAUCCCCUUCUUCAGCCUACUGAUCAAAGACAUUUACUUUUUGAAUGAAGGAUGUGCCAACCGCCUUCCAAAUGGACAUGUCAACUUUGAAGUAAGUGCAGCAAACAUCUUUGUCAAGCAAGUGGUUGAUAGGUUCUUUGAGCCCUUGUGCUUACAUUCCUGAGUACAACGAAAAGCAUACGUGAACAAAAAAUUAUUACCUUGAUUACCCCCAAAGUCAAACAAUUCCCAGCAGACUUUUUCAUAUAAAUCCUUUAAACAUUUUUUACUUGAGUUUUCAAUUUCAGAUGGCAUGAUCCAAAAGCUCAUAUGCAGAAACACCAUGCACACACUGGGGGUUUCCCCAACUCCCUUUCAUGCAGAACCCCCCCAAACUACUAAAAAGUUAUCUCCCCCUUCAGAGAUUUUAAUUUUUUUGUUUUACAUGUUUUAAAACGUAGAGCAGUUGGUGGGAUUAAACUUCUGGUUCAUAUUCAGUGCCACCAAAACUGUUGUAAUUUUAAAUUCCAAGUGUUGCAUGAAAUGCCUGUUAUUUAAAACACAGUUUAAUAGCAGCAGAGGAAAAGAGUAGCCUGUGUAUUAUGUGAGACGUGUGCAUUGCUUACCUGAGAUAUGCAGAUUUUAUUACAACUCCAUAACUCUUUUCUUUAUUCUUUAAAAUAUUUCUAUACUGCCUUUCAUAUUCAGUUACCAAAGCACCAUCAUUUCCUUUUGUGUGUUAGAGAAACACAAGGAAAGCUGUGCUGGACAAACAAUCCACUUGCUCCUAACUUUUAAAAAUAAUAUACCAGACACAUUAAGCAGCUAACAUUUUUGAGGAAUGUUAAAACCACAGAAAUAAUUUUACUGACACACAAAUUCUGUUUACCUAGACUUUUUCUUCCCCAAUCCUUACAGAAAUUCCUGGAACUGGCUAAGCAAGUAGGUGAAUUUAUAACAUGGAAACAAGUAGAAUGUCCAUUUGAGCGAGAUGAUAACAUCAUCCACUAUUUACAUACUGCGCCCAUCUUUACUGAAGAUGGUAAGAAAUUCCUUUUUUUGACAAAUGCUAUAGUGGUUCACUACUAGCAUUGUUCCAUAGUUCAUGAUAAAAUAUGAUUUUCAAAAUGUGUCGUCGCACAGAUCCAUUGUCUACAAUAUAAGAAUGAUUAUCUGGGCCUUGAUUGUUUCCAUAACUUUUUGACAAGGCAUCUUGCUUGUAGCAAAUCAUCUGCAUGCAGUGCUCACAGAGAAACAGGCCUGACAGUCAUACUAUGAGGGGCAGUUCUGAAUGUCAUUGCUGAAAGCAUUCAAAGACAGAGUUACUGUUCCCUAUAAGUCAACCAGUCUAUCUCUCUCUUAGUUUGUGAUGGCUGUAGGCAGGGAAAGCAGAGCUCAGCUCACAGCAGAGAUCUAGUUACCUCUUAAUAUGUGCUUAAAGGGGGAGAACCCUUUCAAUUCAGUUCUUUCAUCAUGUAAUUAAUCAUACCCAUUUGCAAAUGAGUUUUUGUCUGACUUCUCUUCCUACCCAUCCAAUCUAUCAUGUUGCUCUCUGCCGUCUCCUAAUGGGUUAAAUCAGUCGUAUCCCAUUAUCAUCAGCAUCGGAGAUAAGGGCUGAGUUUGCUAGCUUUGCCUAGACAUGCCCAUAGGCUUCACUGACUUUUAGAUUGCUUCUGAACUUUUUUGAUUUUUAAAGAGCAGUCUUUAAAACUCAUCCACAUUAAUCAAACAGGACAGCUGAGACUUCACUGGCCACACAUGAAUUUAGAAUGUAGCAAGGAAAAAUUAUGUCCAAGCUGCACAAGCAACAGCUGCCCAAGCUAACAUAUAUCUAUGUAAUAAUUAUAGUGAGCUCUAUAAAAAGGAAACAAGAAGAGUGUAACUCUGUCAGUGCUCAGAGUCUUCUGGAACAGCCAAAGUAAUUUCAGAAGAUCUGCUAUUAGAGUCCAAGACAGGAACUCUAACUUGUUUAAGUAUUGAUUCCAGGAAGGUGAAGCCCACAGGUUGGUAAGGAGAAAGCAGGUCUGGUAAGACUUCUGAGGCUGCCAGAGAGUCUAGGAAUAAACCAGGCAGCCCAGAUAUAAUCCACAAGUUCCAGGGGCUCUUGGCUGGAGCCUCCACAGCCCAAGCUGACUCUCCUAACCAGACUGGUUCCUCCUGUGUUCCGCGUCAGACUUUUGGCCAGUCCCUUUGCCCAACUAAGAUUGCUUUGCACACUAUUUCUCUUGGUUGAUGCUACUUCUCAUUUCAGCAGAGCUGCGACCUUCUAGAUAGUGUUGGACCCCAACUCCCAUCAGCCCCAGUGAGCAUGGCCAGUGGUCAGGGAUGUUGGGAGUUGUAGUCCAGCACCACCUGGAGUUCCCCAGUCCUGUUGUAGAAGAACCUUUUACACAUUAUAUGUGUUGUUAUCACCCGUGAUGAUACAUACACUGAUAUGGUCCAGUACCAGUUGCACUAACAAGUGGUUGGUCUGAAUGAAGAUGCACAUCUUUUCCUCUUUAGUAGAAGCUGUUUGCGGCCAAUUCAGUGAAUUAACAUUUGAAUAGGUAUGGGGAUGAAGAUCCAGAUGCACAUCUGUAUCUCCAUUCAUGCUGGCCUCAAUCACCAAUUAAAUUUAAACUGUAGUUACAGGUAUUUAAGCACUUUGAGCAUGUGUUGCUUGAUCCUGUGCAUGCUUACUCAGAUGUGAGUCCCACUAAAUGUGCAGAUGAGUGUCAGCUUACCUAAGAAACAUAAACCUCCUUGUUUGAUUAGAAUGCUACCUUGUGGGCUACUGAUCGUCUCAAUAAGGAAUGUUGCCUUUUAAAACUUCCUUUUUUUUAGGUUUGUACCUGGCUUCCUAUGAAAGUGAAAGUCCGGAAAACCAAACUGAAAAAGAGAGGUGGAAAACCUUGAGGUAUUAUUUCAUUUAUGUUGGAUCAUGAUCUUCUGAAGUGGAAAUAGGUAGAUAUGGGCAUAGAGAGGGUGGCUACUGGAGUUUGCACACAUAGCUCAGCUAGCAGAACAUGAGACUCUUUAAUCUCAGGGUUGUGGGUUCGAGCCCCAAGUUAGGCAAAAGAUUUCUGCAUUGCAGGGGGUUGGACUAGAUGACUCUUGUGGUCCCUUCCAACUGUAUAAUUUUGUUUCUGUGAACACAUACACAUACACACACACACGUAAUGGAUGACUCCUUUUAAUGGAGAACCCUUUUGGGAAGGGGCAACUGAUACUGGAGAAGUGGAGGAAGGAGGGCAUACUACUGUGACACGCACUUGUGUGUGUAGCUUGGCUCAAAGGCAGUAAUACCAUAAGAUACUUACUUUUGCUUAAAAGUACACUAAUGGCCAGAACACAAUCAUGGCUGCUUGGGUUCAGAUUGACCUUUGAACUAAGUCUCCAACACUUGAGAACCCUUAGGUAUUCUCUUCCACCCAAUUGUUACCAGUGAUUAGAAUAAAAGGGCACAUCACAUGAAGCCUAGCUUUUAGAGGAUGACUUAGUUAAAUGGGAGCCACUCUGCUGUGACAUACUGAUUCUAGAAUGAACAAGCUGAAUUAGAUUGAAGGGUCAGGACUAUUGCCUUUUUUUAAAAGUGCAUAGCAAUGCUCAUAAUAUGACUUCGUUAGAAAGCAUAAAUACAAAAAAACUUCACUAUUUAGUUUCUUUUUACUGCUACAGUAAGACAAUUUUAAGACUGAAAAUGCUGUUUGUGGCCACUUAUCUUUCCUAAAUGUGUCCUCACAAUACAUGGAUGGAAAUAGCUGGAAGAUGCAUGUCUUUGUGUCUUAGAAACAUUUGAUAAUAUAUCGAAAUGUGAGUAAGAAAAGUGGUAACAUGGAGAGUGACAGUUUCCUCUAUUGCUUGGUCAGCAAAGCAUCUUGUUUAAUAUGUGCCCCAGCAGUGUAUUUUGGGGGUUCUCCUGAGGUAAGGGCUACACCAUUUGAGUUUCUCCUUUGCUCCAGUUACUUCCCUUGGGCAUUUGACAUAGCCAGUCAUCUAUUCAGUGCAGAACAGAAAACAUGGCUAUUCUGAAUUACUCUUUGUCACACUAACUUUCUUGCUCUUUUACCUAUUCUCACGUUUCUCCUUUGCAGGACAACUAUCUUAGGAAAGACUUGAAGCUAAAGAUCUAUAAUUGCAGUAGGACAAACAAACAAACAAACAAACAAACAAACAAACAUCAGCAAAACUACUUUGCACUACUGAUUCCAAAGAUGCCUAUUUGGGAUUUAUGAGAUUUUAUUCUUUAUUUUUGUGUGCAUUUUGGACUAUUUGUGGUUCACUGGAUUCAGAGGUGUAUUUUUACUGCACGCACAAUGAUGUUUUCUAGCUACUCUCGAACAGCAAAAGGCCAGGAGGUGGCUUCUUCAUGGCUGUACCAGAACAGAGUUCUUCUCGCUGUUUACACUUGCCUCUGAAGGAAGAGCAAAUGGCACAGAGAGCCAUGAUGCUGCAAACACAAAAGAUUUUCACUGGAAAGGUACAGGGUGUGUAUCUCUGAAGCAGGGUGUAUUGGACAAUAACUCUCCAAGAGCUGUCAAAAGUGUAUUAUGCUAAACACAGCAUUAAUCUGGCCACUUGCUACAUAAGGGGGAGGAAAACCUUGUUUUUUCCUCUACAGCUUUCAGCCUCAGUGAACAAUAUUCUGAUGGCAGGAGAUAAAAGACUUAAUACAAAGCCACAUCAGUAUGGGAAAAUCCAUGCAAACGCUUCCCUUUUUAAAAAAAUAAUAAUACAGAAGCAUAUGAGCUGUGAACAUUCAUUAUUUCUCCUUAUGUUUGGGGUGUAUAUCAUUAUUAUUAUUUCCUUACAGUCAACUGCUAAACUGUUCUGAUGAAGUCAAUGGCUUUCAGUCAUACUUACCUCUGUAUAAAGCAUGUAGCAUAUUCUCUAGUUCUGUUGACUGAUGACUCAGAGAAUAGUCUUCAAAGGGGCCUUACCUCAUUGACAAUUGAUGGAAGAUUAAUCUGUUAAGGGCUCUAACAGUUAUUUUCCUUUUGCCUGCUCAUUUUGUCUUCAUGUCUAAGGCAAACAAUAUUUGAGAGGGGGAAUUACUAGACGUUGGGGCUCUUUUUCCAGUGCAUUUGAGAGAACACUUUUCACUCCAUGAAAUGUUGCACUUUGGUAAAAGAAUUGUCUACACACUGUUCAUAACGUUGGUUUCUUAUUUUAUAAUUCUCCUCUUUAUGGUCACUGCUCUCCCUCUACGUGAACAGUUUGCCAUCUAUUGUGUUGUUCAAUAGAGAUCAGGAAGCUGCCGCAUAAUACAAAUGCCAAGUAAUAAUUGCUUAGUUAUUGUACUUUCAUGUAAAACAGAUGUAACAUAACUCUUUUUAAUAAUUUAAAUAUAAGUAAUAGGAUGGAAGUGAAACUCAUAUCUUUUGUCACUAACUGUAUAGAACUAUGGGGAGGUGUGCAAGCCUUCACUUAGUAACUGAGGCUGUUUUUGUAACAGGAUUGCCAGUUCAGAUGUCAACAACCACACUGUACAUGUUGUAAAUUUGGUCUUAGAAUGACAUGUGCUCACUACAUAUAAAAAAAGAUAACUGACACUCAUCUUUAGGUGCAUAUCAAUGCAUUCAUGGUACAGCCAAAUUUCAGGAUUCUUCCAUCUAAAAAAAAAAAAAAAAGCUGGAAGGAAAAUAGAAGUUGGGUGUAUCCUGUGAACAAUUUAUUGCCACACAUUACUUCUCAGAUGUAGUGGCAGCUGGUACAAUCCACAAGAACCACCUCUGUUUCGCACCACAUGUAAGCUUUUAGCAUAACGAUCAAGGAUGAAACAGACACUCUACUGAACAAGCAUUAGACACCAGGAUGUCUUUGAACAGUAACUUAGCUAGACUGUUGAUUUCAUGCUCUGAGUGUUUACCCACAUGAGACUUCCUCUGGGGCUGCUCAGAAGCUGACACUGGUGCUUUCUUUUAAAUGAGGCAAUCCUAACCUCUGAAAUGCAACUCAAUGACUGCAUCUACAGGGACUUGUGUUAUCACUUCUUGAAAAGCCUGUUUAUACACUCCCUUGUUAUUUGUGUUCUACAGUGACAUCUUGUAUCAUGGCAGCUAAUGCUGGCUUGAAAACACUUUAUGCCAGUCUUUUACAAAUAAGUUACUAGCUCAUAAAAAUGUAUGCUUGCCUGCCUGCCCACCCUCCCUAUGUGAAUUACUUGUAGCCUAAAAGAGACUGGACAAAAAAGAGAGAGAGAAGGGGAAAUAUUUUGUAAGUUUCAUUGCCUUGUCACCUUGGCAGAUUCUUAUUUGUCACAGACAACCAGGCAAGUGUCUAUAUACUAGCUUGCUUUGUGUGAUCAGUACCACUAUGUGGUAAGAGUUUUUGUUUUUAACAAAGUUUACAUUUUUCGCAUAGAGUGCCACAAUGUAGAAGUUGUUUUGGGUGGCUGUUGCAUGAGAGCUGCAGUGUUUAGACCCACUGUUAAAUCUAUUGAGGUCUCUUUCCGUAAUGGUUUUCAGCAUCUGGCUUGGAGGUAAGAGACCCGACUCUGAGAAACCUUAGAGAACAGGUGAGUUGCUGUAGGACUGGAGAAAGGGCAAAGGUUGUCUUAAUCUUCAAAAGGGGGGAACCUGGCCUUUGGUACUAGAGAAGAUGCUGCAGUAAAGUUAAUAAAGGGUAUUGUAUUGCUGGAAUCCUUGGUUGCAUUUCUUAUUGAGUUCCCUACCAGGAAUGAACCAGAGGGGUGGUCUCAGCAAUACCCUUGACAAACAGAAUGUGAAGCAGCCAGUCUGUAAGCAUCUUGAUAAGCAGUGAUUAGCAGAAGCCAGAAUUGAUUUGUCAAUAAUAAAUUCUGCCCAACUAAUCUUAUCCUCCUCUUUUUCAUUGGCUAACUAGUGUAAUGGAUUGUGGAAACAUAGUGGAUGUGAUUUAACAAAGCAUUUGGCAAAGUCCCCCGUGGUAUUUUGAUUGGCAAAGUGGUUAAUUGUGGGCUAGAUGAUAAUACUGUCAAGUAGAUUCAGAGCUGGCUAGAAAACUACUCAAAGAGUGCUCAUCAAUGUUAUUCAUCAAACUGGAGGGUUUUAAAGUGGAGCGCCAUGGUGCUUCAUCCUGGAUCCAGUACUCUUUAGCAUCUUUACCAAUGAUUUAGAUCAGAGGUGGAUAAUCUUUUGUUCUCCAGAUGUUGACAAACCACAGCUCCCAUCAUCUAUGACCAUGGGCAAUUGAGUUUUGAGUUCAGCACCUGAAGGGGCACAGGUUAGCCACCUCUGGAUUCAGGUGGGGGCUAUCCUUAACAAAUUUGCAGAUGACACAAAACUGGGAGAGAUUGCUUCAGAAGACAGGAUUUAAAUGCAAAAUGACCUGGAUAGAAUGGGAAGCUGGGUCGACCUUAACAAAAAGAAAUCCAGGUAAGAAAAAUGCUAAAAUCCUCCAAUUGGGUGAGGGUGGAGGGAAAUCAUGCCAAGGUAUAAGGCGAGAGACACAUGGUUUGGCCGCAGUACAUGUGAAAAGAAUCCUGGGACUGCAGUAAAUCAAAAGUUGACUUCGGCUUGCACAAUGGGGUUUCCUUUUCUUCUUGUCCUUGCAGCCCCUUGUGUACCCUCCAGAUCUGCUGCAGAGGGUUAGGGAGUAAAUUUAGGGGAGUGUAUGAAGGGUUGUGGUGAAAGGGGGUGGACCUUGGAAGUCUGUUUGCACACCAUUAUGUAGAACCAACAGUUUCCAAGUCAUAGAAGUAACAGUUUCAUUUUAUUAUGUACUAAUAGGGAGACGUAAUCUGGAACAUUGUGACCAAUUCUGGACAUUUCAAAUUGGUUCAGAGGAGGGUCAAAGGUGUAGAAAAUAAAUCCUGUGAUCAAAAUUGAAGGAACGGAAUGGGCAGGAUUCACCUAGCCAGCCUGGCAGCAGAAGCCCUGUGCAAGGACUUCCACUUGUGCAAUGGAGCUCCCUUCCCUCCACUCUCCCUGCCUGCCCUCCACACAUCCCAAAAUUGGCUCAGUGGAGGUUAGGAGAACCUCCAGAACUACACGCAGGGAGAAAAACGCUAUAUUGAGUUCCAUUCAGUAUGUUUAGCCAGGAAAAGAGAAUGCAGAGGGAGGACUUGAUAGUACUCCUCAAAUAUCUGAAAGACUGUCCCACAGAAGAGGGCAGAAGAAGACUGAACUAGAGCAAGUAGGCUUAAAUUACAGGAUGGCAGAUUUUUGUUGAGCAUGAGGAGAAAUUCCUUAAUGGUAAGAGCAGUUUGACAAUGGAAUCAAUUGCCAAGGAAAGCAGUGGCCUCUCUCUAGUCGUUGAAGUCUUCAGACAGAAGUCUGUUGGGACUGAUCGAAUUUUGGAUUUCCUGCAUGGGCCAAGAAGUUAGCAGGUAGACUCCAGUUGUAUGAUUCUAUGAAGCAAAUGUUAUGGCUGCUCGUUGGGCAUUACAUCUGCACUCUCUAGUUGCAGCAUUACACAUUGACCAGUUUGGCUGCACUGAUGUUACAGGGGAACAAGAAGUUGAAAACGAAGUCCAUUCUCCUUAGUUAAAAAAAAAAAAAAGCUAGUUGAUCCUGGAUUACUCACCCCCCCACCCCCACCCAGAAAAAACAUUAAAACUUUAUUGGCUGUUCUUGGGGGUAUGUUUUUAGGGAGGCUAUCUGAUAACCAGGAUGAUAAAACCAGAGCCAGUUUUGAUAUUCCUAAAGAGUUUGCUAUUAACAUUUGAAUAUGUGCUGAUGAAAAGAGGUCCUUUUCAGCUUAACAGCCUUCUGUAUGAAAUCAGUCCCAAAAUGGUUUCUGUGUAGACUCCGUAGAUUCCAACCAGUUCUAGAAUGUAUUCAUGAAUAACAAUCAGAGCCAUAUGUGCAUUCUCUAAAUGGCCAUUCGCUUAAGUACAUGCAUCUUUUAAAUUGCCUGUUUAUGACUAUAAUGGCUAACAUUAUGUGGAAGUGGUGAAUGAUGAUCCUGCGUUUUAAAAGUGAAAAUUCUAAUUUGUUUUCAGUGGUCCAUAGCAGAUAUGUCUGUAGGAAGUAAAACCGAAUUCCCAACCAUGUAUAAUAGCACUCUGGAAAGAUGACGUACGCUCUGAUCCAAAACGGGUGUGCUUGUACAUCUGCCUGAGGCAACGACAUAUUGUCUGAUAUUUGAAAGGCAUAGCUCUUCAUCUUUCUGCUCCUAAGUACUUGCACGCUGGUGCAGAUAGUCCUAGAAUUGUAGUAAUUCCCUAACAAUAAAUCAUACAAGAGUAUUUGGUAUGUUGUCUGAAAAGAAUUCUGCAACUCCAGCUGAUCUUAAUAUCAGGGCAUCUUACUGGAAGGUAGAAUUGUCACAUGUUGAACCGCAACUAUAGAUUGUGAAGAUAUAAAACAAAGCCAUAUAUUUGAAUAAGUGGCCUUAUUUCUCAAAUGUGCUGUUAAGCACCUUUUUAACAUUGAAGGCAGCUGAAAAUUCACAUAAGGCUCACAGCACUAGAAAAAUUGAGCAAGGCUUUCUCUUCACUGUUUAUUGAAUUGGCUUCCUGUGGUGAUGUUCCACAUCACUACAGAACAGCCCUUAUCUAUCCAGCAGUUUGUUUGUUUAAAGUCUAUCUGGCUUGAACAUAACUGCAAACAAUCUAAGAAUUGUACAUCAGGUAUCUGUGAAGAGCUUAGAUUCUUUUUUAAAAACAACAACUUCUAGGAGUGCUUUGGUUUUAAUCAAGUUUAGCUUUAAUAGUUGUAAAAAUAUAUUUGAAAGUGUGCAUGUGCAGUCAACAAGAGUCUCUAUGGCAGGGAUAAGGAAUAUUUGGCUUCUAGAUUUGUUGGAUUUCAACUCCCAUCAGCCCCAGCCAGCAUGACCAAUGGUCAGGGAUUCUGGGAGUUGGAGUCCCACAACAUCUAGAAGCCCCAUCCCUGCUGUAAGGUUAGGAUGGAAUGAGCUUCUGUGCCUUGUUUUGUUACUCCACACCCAACAAAAGGAUACAUUUUAUUUAAGAACAAUAUCUCAUAUUAAUUUACCCGCCAACUUCCUUCCCUUACGCCACUCUUUCUCUGCAACCAAAACUCCAGGGGGGGAAAUGUAAAACUUCACAAAAAGUUAACCACACUUAUGUAAAACUAGCCAAAUUUGCAUAUACUGUUGAUAUGCACAAUUUAUUUUAAGUAAACAUAUUUUAACUUUCUAGGCUCAGAAUAUGGAUGGAAUAAGAUAUUUUGUAAUCCCUAUUGUGUCUGCCAGCUAUCAGACUGUUACUAUCAGACUGUUACUAGGGCUCUGCACAGUAACCUACAGUAAAUACAGCAGGAAAGUGGUAGCAAACUCUCCAUUGUCCUUGAGACUAGAGAUUGUGUUGCAAGGCCCCGGGCCCCGCAGUCCCCUCCGGAAUAAAUACACAAACACAAGUAUAUUGGGUUAAUGGGAUAAAUAAGACCACAAUUUUAUUGGUUACAGAUGUGGCUUAGGCAAUUGGGUGAAGCAAGACUAUAUCCUGACUCCUGCCCGACUGCAGAAAGUCUCUUAAGGGUCAACCACUGGAAGGGGGAGCCCUAUGAUGUACAUAAAUUAAGAGCACCCUCAGGGUCACCGUUGGGGUCGUGGCAUGACCCUAGCCCACGCCCAGGCUUUGGACAGGAACCACCCCCAGAUCCCUUUAAUGGGAUACCCUUAACGUGGAGGGGCAGACGGAGGAACAACCUCCCCUUCCAUAAUAAGGCUUACCCAAUACCUAACCUUACAAAGUUGAGAUGAUUGCUACUAGGUAGGCGAAAACCAAAUGGCUAGAGCCACUUUUGCCAAGUGGAAAAAUUCCUACCUGGCCCCAACAACCAGGCAACCAACAUAAGUCAUAGCAAGGUCAAAGUCAAUCAACGCAAGAAAAGAGGGUGGGUGCACUGGGAGAUCCCAAGAAAGGAUGCAAAGCAGGCUGUUUUCCUGGCCACACAGCAAUUUAAGCGGCCAUAGCCACGCCCCCAGGCAAACCCGAUUGGCUGGCUGGGGGCGUGACGCGGCUGGGGUUCCUACUGGCAUGGGCUGCAAUACUCUGCCCACUGCUAGGUUGCUGUGAGGACCCGGGUUCCCGCCCGCAAAGCAGCCACCCGAAAAGAGGAAGCUGACUUGUCACUUGGUGACAUUGACAUUCUGCAGCUCCACUUAGCACCUGCAAGCAUUCACCGAAGCAGCUCCAGUACAUAUAACAGCCCAGCACCUGGAGUACCUCACUGAAUGAGUGAUUUGGGAAAUGGAAUUUUCCAAAAGACUUGUCAUAUUUACCAGCUCUUUAAAGUGAUAGAUUACCUAAAACUAUUCCACAGUAGAUGGUAAAGACAUUUCCCUCCAUCAUUUUAGUUGACAGAAGCUAAAAGAGUAGCUCAUAGCACCCAUGUCCUGGUCCAUUUUAAAGCAUGCUGUGGCUGACCUAACCUCUCAGUAGCCAGCUGAGAACUGCUGCUGUUUAAUUCCAUUAACUGCACUUGUGACAACUCCCUCUGUGGCUGCUACGUGUGAGGAGCAAAGCAAAUUAUUCUCCAGAAAUAUCACAUGAAUAUAUUAUACAAAUCCUUUCAGAGAGCAUUGGCAUAAAUCCUUUUGUUUAGCACAAAAGGAUGUUGGUGGGGGAGUUGAGGUGAGAGGAGGAAGAGAGAGGUAAUUGAAAUAAUUCACCUAGAUCUCAUCAGAAACAACUAUGAUAACCCCAGUAAUCUGUUAUUUGGGUCAAAAUCUCAGUAGACCUAAAGGCCCUGGUUUAUCUACUCGUGCUGCAUUUAGCUGUUGCAUGUGAGUAGAACCACACAAGAAUGGAUGGGACUUGCAUCUCCCCCUCCCUUUUUACAUUUAAUGGUAACACUUUAUUAUAACAAUAUUAAAGAGAUGGGAAUUGUUACAUUUGCCUAAGUCUGUAUUGGAUAUAGAUUUGUUCAAGAAACAAAAAUAGGCCAGUGGUUUAUAUAUGUUUUAACUAGAGCAGGAUAUUCUCUCUCCCCCCGUCCCCCUGGUGUUCCAUCUUAAGACUCCCAUUAAUAAGAAACUAAAGAGAAUGUUACCACAAAAUAAGUAAUAGGGAUUCACAGCACUGGGACAUCGGACCAGCCUUCUAGGCUUUCAGACAGGAGUCUCCCAGUCCUACCUGGAGAUACUGGUAGGGGCCUUCUGGAUGCAAAGCACUUACCACUUAGCUACAACUCACUGUAAUAUAAAAGACUAUUAUUGAUUAGAUUCUAAACUAUCCCACAGGAGCAGGCAAAGAAAUGUAUUUCUACCUAAAAGGAAACAGUUGCCAGAAGUGCCCUGUCCUGGUUUGUUUUAAAGCAUGCUGAGGCUGAGUAAUGCUGACAUAACUGUUGGCAGUAAUUCUUGUAUUUUUGCUAAUCAUAAAACUAUAACUAGAAAAACAAGGAGUUAAUAUAAUUACCUAGCUUAAAAAGGUAAAGGGACCCCUGACCAUUAGGUUCAGUCGCAGACGACUCUGGGGUUGCGGCGCUCAUCUUGCUUUACUGGCCGAGGGAGCCGGCAUACAGCUUCCGGGUCAUGUGGCCAGCAUGACUAAGCCACUUCUGGCGAACCAGAGCAGCGCACGGAAGCGCCGUUUACCUUCCCGCCGGAGCGGUACCUAUUUAACUACUUGCGCUUUGACGUCCUUUCAAACUGCUAGGUUGGCAGGAGCAGGGACCGAGCAACGGGAGCCCACCCCGUUGUGGGGAUUCAAACUGCUGACCUUCUGAUCGGCAAGUCCAAGGCUCUGUGGUUUAGACCACAGCGCCACCCACGUCCCCUAAUUACCUAGCUUAGAAAUCAUUAAAAUAUUCAAAAACUGAAUGAUCAGAAUCCCAGACAGGAAACAAUUAAUUUUUCAGUGUCAGUGCUACUGUCAUGAAAUAAGUUGCCAUACUAGCAAGAACCUACUAGGCUGGUAAGUAAUUUGCAUCAUCUGCCAUUGGGAUGGAGAGCAGAGUAAAUGUUUUCAGAUAUACAAAUGCAGUUUCUUGGGGAUGUAGUGCAACCUUGGAACAAAGCUUUCAUGGCUUUAUCAAAACAGUGCUAGCUAUUGUUAAUAUUCACUGUGAGCCAAGGACAGUCCAUGCAUAUGAAACAGCUGUUUUUCUUAGUUUUGAAACUCCAGUAUGCGGCUUGUUUUUAAUUAAAACAGCAACUGAAGCAUAUUUUCGAUUACCUUAUAGGUAAUCUAAAACGCUAAACCAAGGUUUGAUGCUACAGGAGCAAGCCCUGUGCUGACAUGCUCCUUUUUUCACUUACACACUCAGAGGAGCUUGUUAUUUCCCAUAUUGAAACAAAUGGUAGUAUGCUAUUACUCUGAACUGGCAAAAUAUGGUGUGUGUUUACUGUGCAAACCAUGAUUGUAUCCAGGAAUCAAACCCUGGCUAUAAUCCUAGUACAGUGGUACCUCUGGAUGCGAACGGGAUCCGCUCUGGAGCCCCGUCCGCAGGUCACGAUACGCCGCUUCCACGCAUGCACAUGACGUCAUUUUGAGUGUCUGUGCAUGCGCGAGCGGCGAAACCCAGAAGUAACGCGCUCCAUUGCUUCCGGGUCGCCGCGGAGCGCAACCCGAAAAUGCUCAACCUGAAGCUACUUCAACCUGAGGUAUGACUGUAUUCAGGGCAAGCACAAGCAGUUUGCCACUUUGGAUUUAUAAUAAUAUUUAUUAUUAUUAUUUAUAACUCACCCACUUGACUGGGUUGCCUCAGCCACUCUGGGUGGCUUCCAACACACAUAAAAACAAUAAAACAUCAAACAUUAAAAAAACUUCCUGAUAUAGGGCUGCCUUCAGAUGUGUUCUAAAAGCUCUAUCGUUAUUUACCUCCUUGACAUCUGAUGGGAGGGCGUUCCACAGGGAGAGUGCCAUUGCCUAGAACAGUAAACGAUACAUAACCAAAUAAUAUAAAAUGAUUAUUUUAAAAAUGUCUUUGGAAAUGAAAGAAGCAACGCACAAACACAGAGCUCGCUCAUGUAGCGCCACCCGGUGGCAGCUGGAACCUGCAUGGAAUCCACCCGCCACCUCCCCCCCAGGAGAAGUGGCGGGCGGACACGAGCCCCACGCCGCCUUUUCGGGUGGCGUGGUACCUGCAGGCACCUAAGCCACCGUGUUACUCCCAGGAGAGACACGUGGUUCUGGCACACUGCAGCGCCCCCCCGCCACACUAAGUAGCUGCCCAGUUGCACCCCGCCGCCCUAGCUACGCUAGUGGCUCAUGGUUUGUAUAUUACGUAUGAACCAACUGUACUCUCCCAAAGAUACAAACUGUUAACUCAGCAGAAGUUUCCAGAUGUUUCCUAAAAUUACAAGUGUAAAGGAUUUAUACUGCAGACCCAUAUGUGGCUACUUCCAGGUAAGCCCCAACAAGUUGAGUGGGACUUAUUCCCUGGCAGUCUUCAACUCUUAAACCACAGUCCCAGAAAGCUAUGUGCUAACCAGGGAGAACCUUAUGCAAAAGCAGAAAUAUCUUUGAAACUUGAAGCUGCUACUACAGACACACAAACACCUGGAUGAGCAAGAUGUUAUUUCAGUUGAAAAUCAGCUUACCUGUUUUGGUAAGCAAGCAGCUAAAGGAUAUAUUUUCAAAGAAACUUUAAACUUAAGCGGUUGUCUCCCAUGUACACACAUAUAUUCUUAGUAUAGCAAUCCUUGUUAUCUUCAUAUAUCACUUCACUUUCAAGGAGUGAAACUGGAAAACUCAAUUGAUGUGUUGAUGUGCACAACAGGACUUUCCCAAUGCAAAUCUAGGGGGAGGGGAACAGCAGGAGGAGGGGAAAGGAGACUGUCUAGGGCAGAUGGGGGUGGUAAAGGAGGAGGAGAGGAAGGGAACUUCCCUUGAGAAAGUGGAAAUCCUCUCACACCAUGUUGGCUAUACCCAUGUUGGCUAUACACAGAAUUAUUUGGCUCCUUAGGUACUGCAUUUUAUUAUAAACAAGUAAAAAUGCACAUUAGAAUUCAGAUCUACUUAACUGGCAGCAUACAAUACCCAUUGGGUUGCAUUGCUAUAGAAGAUUUGUCCCUAGAAGCUAGAUAAAGGACCAUAGUUAAUUUUAGAAUAGCAGCUGGACCUGCUGAGAAUAUGUGUGGUUUUUGUUUUUUUAAAAAUAGCAUAUGUUAGGCUUUUACAAUAGCUAUGGCUAUUUUUAUAAAAAGUCAUUUACAAUGUUUUCCAAUAAUUCUAGCUCUCUCUGGUGCUGCCACUAACAGUGGUAGACGGCAGAUUAGUGGUAAUACCCCCACUUCCUAAACCCUGUGGGCUCGCUGUGACCACAGUGAGUGCUUUUCUGGUUACAUAAUAUAUAAUCAUUUUUCACACACACCCCCAAUCUACUGUGCCACCUCCAGGGUUGGCAUAGUUUACAGCACAUUUUCAGGGGGAGGUGAUAAGGGAACAAGGCCAUUUAUGGUCCUUGGUUCUGAACAAAUCUGCCCUGGGAAGUCCUGUUUUGGGCCCAACCAACUGGUGGAACACCAGAACGUACUGCAGAUGCGCCUCCAGCUGCAGAAGUGUUUGUAGGUCUCACUGUCUGCCAGCAGAGCAGCCAGCAGAGCAGCACAUAUAGCACUUCAAAAAACCUUUGGGCAACUUUCGGAUAAUAAUAAUCUCUUGAAUAAUAAUCUCUUGACGUCAGAUAUGAAACUGGAAAAGUUGCUUAUUAUUUAGGCAAGACAGAUCCCACUCACCGCCAAAGAAACCUGUUCUCAUUUAUUCCACUACAAAAACUGUCAAGGCUUGAUGAUGUGCCAAACAACACGUUAUGUUGUAAUUUGAACCUGUGCUAAGCGGUGUGUGUGUGUGUGUGUGUGUGUGUGUUCAAAUCAUGUUUACUUGGAAGAUGCAGAAAGGACUCGUUGAAAGUGAACGAGUUCUGGUUCUGCUAUUCACAAGCCGUUUUUUAAGGUAGGAAAUCCAGCACCUAUUUUGUCCAGCAGAAAGCCCAGCGCAGGAUUCUAGAUCAUGGUCUACAAUGCAUAAUUAAGGUUGCAAAUGUAAACUCAUUUUGGAUUGGGCAGCUUUCCAAGUAACUAGGACUGGGGCAUAAGACAAAUGCUUGGGAACAGCUUCCAUCCAGAGAACAUAGGUGUGCAGAAAUCUGCAAAUUUCAAACAUUUCAUUUAUUUGUGUAUAACCCUUAAUUAUACACUUGUUAUAUUUUAUAGACAUAACCUUGUUGCAAUAACAAAUGCCUUUGGAAACUUAUGAGCAUGUUAAAACAUCUUGCUUCCCUGCAAACCACCUUGCUUUAUACAGGAAGAUAGAAAACAAUGUAACCAUACAUAAAAUCAAUUUUAUUUUUAUGAAUACUGAGUGUGAGAAACAAAGUACCUGAAUUUGCUCAUAUGAAAUCGUACCAACAAAUUGCAAAGCUAUUGCGGUGUUUAAUCCUGCAACUAGGACUGUAUGCAGUGUUCUGCUUGAACACCGGUUUUUUUUGGGGGGGGGGAGGUUGGCAGCUUUGCACUUCUGCCCCAUGUGUCUCUCAAAAAUCUGCUCCUCAAGUUUGGAGAAUCAUCGAAGCAGCAGCACAAACGGCUGCACCUUCACGUUGCACACGGCGCCCUUGGGCUCCCAGCCAUUAUUCUUACAACUGCAUCCUUAGUAACUUGCCAUGGAUCAGAGACUUAAUAGACAGGAGGGAAAUCACUGCAAAACUGCGUAUCAAAAAUUCUAAAACAGUUUCUGCAUUUCAGAAUGCCAGGUUCAUGCCUUGCAGUUUCAAAUGUGUGUCCGCUCUGUUUACCUUCAAACAUUUCACAGGAUUUGCCAUUGCUGCUCUAGGACUAGCUCAUAAAUGCAUCAGAAUCACAUGGUAAAGCUUUUCCAGGUUUGUACCACUGUUGGUGGGGGAUUCCAUGUCUGCUCUCAGAUAUAAAAUUCCGGCACGUACAAAACUAGCAUGCUUAGGGGAAAGCAUUGCCUAGCUUUCUCCCUGGCAUGCUAUUGUGGAGGCAGUAGGGGGAACACCGAAGCAUCAGAAUCUGUAGUAGUAUAGUGGAGGGGGAAAGUUCACCGCCAUUUUGCCUACUGUAUGAAUUGCCCUUUAUAGUAGAAUUUAUAGAGCAAUCCACAGCCCUGUCUGGAAGCAAAAGGGUAGAAUAGAGACACAAAUUGACCACUGUAUCUGAAGCCCUGUCCGCAAGUGCUGACCAGGAUGGAUGCUGGAGGUAUUUUUCCCAAUUCUGCCAUGUUAACUCCAGGCUGGCACACCUGAGGAACCCAGAUGGAGCCCCUCUCUUAGGAGUGCAUUGGAAUCUCCCAUUUCGGGAGCUCCUACCAGGUCAUCACUACUGAUAGAUACAGACACAAAACAACACACACCAGCCAGUGGAUGGAGAACUCUGUUACAUCCUAACCUCCAGCAGCAAGGGGUCAGGGAGUUAGAAUUGUAGCCUUAGAUGCGUUCCUAUUCAUUUCAAACUUCAGAGAGGAUCCAAAGAGCUAUUUUAGGCAUCCCUAAGGGGUUUGGGCAUGUUCUUUUGAGAUCUGAUUAAUAUUCCCUUUAUUAAAAACAGUAGGCGGCCAUAUCAUAACACAAACUAGGUCUGAAUUCAAUAGGAAUAAUCUCUAAAAAGGAAAUAAUCUCUAAAAAGACAAACCAUUUUAAAAGCUAAGAACAUAAAGCUAUGUAAAAGUAGAAUAUACAAACACUUAAGCAGUUCCCCAAAUACGUAAGCAUGAAUAAUGUGUAGAUAUACCAUCCCUCCCAAUUGGUAAUUUGUGUUUUCAGAAACAGCUCUCUUCAUAUUGUGACUUGCUUUGUUAUUUGAAGUUCUCAAAUGAUUACCAAUACUUUGACCCCAUUGGCAGACAAACAGUAGGGUACUUGGGGCGGGGGUGGGGAAGGCUGUUGUUGUUUUGUGGUUGUACAUAUCUUUACAAAAUGUUAAUGGUGAUAUACUUACCCUGCCUUUCAUUAAUACUGCAAAAGAGCAUGGUCAUAAGUAGAUGAUAGCUGUUGGAGAUGAAGCCAUCCCAUGCGGCAUUCUUGUUUUCAGUAUUCAUCUCCUACCCGUGCUUUUUUAUACUACUGUGGUGAGAUUGUUAUGAAAUCCUUUUGUCAGUCACAUACAAGCUAAUUUACCUAUGUACAGAAUUUGUAUUACAAGCCUAAUUUAUACUGUGUUUUAACAGUUUGCCUGAACUGUCUAUGAUUUCUAAAUUUUGUAAUGUGGGUGUAAGAUUAAAAACAUUGACAUGUGUUUAGUCCAGACUUUUGUCUUUCUUCAGUGUGUACAUAUUUUUAUUCUUGGUAAUUGUUUUCCCCUGCUAUGCAGUACACAGAAGCAGUUUCCUUUACCUCGUCUUUAUAGGAAAGGCACCUCCAUCCAACUCCUGAAUCAUUUUACUGCCCUUUGCCCAAGUCUUAUAAUACAACCAUUGUUUUCCUUACUACUGUUCUAAAUAGUUACGGUGAUGCAUUUGGUUGAAGCAUGGGAAGCAUGGCAUAGUGGUUAGGGUGUCUGACUAGGACCUGGAAGACCAGGGUUCAAGUUCCCACUCAGACAUGAAGCUCACUGGGGUGACCUUGGGCCAGGCACUUACUCUCAGCCUAACCCACCUUUUAGGGUUGAUGAAAUUAAACGGGGAGGGAAAGAACUAUGUAUGCUACUUGAGCACCUUGGAGGAAAGGCACAAAUGUAAUAAAUACAAAUGUAAUAAAUAAAAAUAAUGGUAGUCCUUAUAUAGCAGGUGCUUACUGUAUCAGUUUUUUUCAGUAGCUAUUUUACACAUCUUCUUCUCACAGUGAAAUGUAGCAACAAGCCUGAUAUCCAACUUUUCUUUUUACACAGCUGUGGCUUAGUGGAGAUCAUGUGAACUUGUAGACUGCUGGAAGCAACCUGGUGCUUUUUGCUGCCAUGCAAUAACCCCUGGACUGGGAGUUGUGCUUAAGCUCUCGCCGCACUAACCACAAACUGCUAUGGCUGGCUUAGUGCAGCAGCAGAAAGGACUAGGGCAGAGCACAGUGGUUGCAAAUUUCUCUCCAGGAGCCUGCACAGUCUUACUAAGCCAUAGUUUGAUUUAUUGUUUUUUUGUUUGCAAACCGGCUCAUUGCCAUUCCCACUGCUUUACCAGUGUUGCCCUUCUUGCCUUAGUACCUAGAUGCUUACCACAAUUAAUCUGCAGCUUUGCUAAAAUAUGAACUAACAUAGUUUUCUUUAUUUCUUGUAAGCAUAAAAACUACUGGUAUGGGAGGGAUAUUUUGGUCAUUGAACUGUUAUUCAAAGACAUGCAGACUACAAGCAGGCUAUAGCUGUAGCACUAUUGCCAUCUGCUGAACAGUAAGAGAACAAGUAACAAUUAUUUAAAACUAUGGCAGCGUUUCCAUCAUUUCAUCAUUUUAACAUAAACCAGGGUAUAAUUUAAGAGAGCACGAUAAAGAUGAGCAAUGGUCUAAAGUGCAGCCUCAUCACAGGUUCAGGACCAUUCAGGAUGCAGGGUGGAUAAAUUAAAUUUAAAAAGCUUUAACAACACUAUUUCACUAAUCUAUAAAAUAAUUUAUGAUUUACUUAUUUCUAGCUCUCCAUCAUAAAGGCUCUGGGCAAACAGCAAUAUACUAAUUAUUCUAGCCUCCGUGUCCCUAAUGUCUCAAUGCCAGUUUGAAUAGAAAUAUCUUUGUGAAAGUCCAUACAGUUUUAAACCUUUAAAAAGGUUGUGUGUGUGUGAAUACAAAACAAUUACUAGUUUGCCAGUAAGCUUUUACAGAAAAGAACUAGAUAUGUGCCAGAUUAAGUUACAGCAUAUAUAUUACCAGAUGGGGGAAAUACAGCUAAUUUAACAGCCUUUAGGGAUUUUUAGCAUUGUUUGGAGAAGAAUAUUGUGGUUACUAUGGCUGCAAUCAUAAACUCCACUGGGAGUAAGCCUCAUUUAACAAGACUUAACUUCUGUGUAAACAUGGUUAUGACUGUGCUAUAAGCCAUUUCCAAGAUUUCAGGGUUUUUUUUAAAAAAAACCCACACACCUUCAUUUCAAAAUAUUUAACCAGAAGCACACAUUUUCACAUUUAGCAUUUGAUUUAUGACAAAAAAAUACAAGUUUAUGGCACCCAAAACUUUCAGAAUGUCAAGCUUCAGAAAAAAAACACCCCAUAUUUCUUGCCCUCCCAGCUCUGUUGUUUUAGAAAGCUAAAUAUGUAAGUAAGUAAUUUCAAGCGUCAGUAUAAUGUGUAACAAUUCAGUACUACGUAAGCUGCAAAUUUGUGCCUACCUACUGGGGAAUUUGUUCCAUUAAACUCAGUGAGACCCAGACAUAGGUUUAGGUGAGACCAGGAAUCUCCAACCUUUCUGGACUAGUAGGCGUAUUUUAAUUUUGUGAAAUACAACAUGGCUGCCAUGAGGAGCACGACAUAAUCCAAAAUCAGAGAGAAUACAGCCAUUGCUGCUACUCCUGCCCACCCCACCCAGCAGACAACAUCAUGCUUACUACAGGAAGUCAGCUAUGUCCGACUGCAGAGAUCACACAAUAUUCAUUUCUCAAACACACAAUAAUGCUGCUGCUGUUUGGUAAAAGGGAGCGUUCCCCACUACCAGUAAAAAUAAUACAAGGUAGCCACACCACACUCAUUGCACUUAUACAGACCAUGGACACACAAGUAGCUGCAUCUUUUUCACUCAUAUGCACACACCAUACACACACGUCACAUAUACAUCUCUCUCACACACAGAGGUCAACUAGUCAUGCCGCCUUCUCACCUCACAUAUAUCUCCCUUGACUCACGUGUACAUAAAUCUGUCAGGGUGGAGGUAAAACACCAACAUGGUAAAAGGUAAAGGCAAAGGGACCCUGACCAUUAGGUCCAGUCGUGACAGACUCUGGGGUUGCAGCACUCAUCUCGGUUUAUUGGCCAAGGGAGCCGGCGUACAGCUUCCGAGUCAUGUGCCAGCAUGACUAAGCCGCUUCUGGCAAACCAGAGCAGUACACGGAAACACUGUUUACCUUCCCGCUGGAGUGGUACCUAUUUAUCUACUUGCACUUUGACAUGCUUUCAAACUGCUAGGUUGGCAGGAACAGGGACUGAGCAACGGGAGCUCACCCCGUUGCGGAGAUUCGAACCGCCGACCUUCUGAUCGGCAAGUCCUAGGCUCUGUGGUUUAACCCACAGAGCAGGCUAAUUUCUCCCACAAACUGAGAAUAAUGGGGUUUGUACCUUUUGCCUAACAUCUCAGGUUCUAAAAAUGCUGGAAACUUUUCUUUUUAAUGAAAGCUGGAAACCUACGUAUUAUGGUUCAUCCCAAAAAACGUAUCAAACCCUGAGCACUAGGCAGGUGACCCCUGGGCUAGACAGUGUCCUGUAUCUUGUCAAAUAUAAUUGUCUAAGAACCUUUGGUAUUAGCUAUGAAUGUAUUUUACAGCAAAGUGACAAAAUACUCAGGUCUUGAAAGUACGUAGGAGGGUGUUACUAAUUCCAUCCACCCUGCAAAAUCACCUCCUCCUCAGUUGUUCUAACCCAAAGUUUCUCCUACCCAAAGUUUCUCCUACCUUUUCUAGCCAUACUCUUCCCAAAGAUAGAUCCCAGGAAGAAAUAUUUACAAGUACUGCUACCUUUUAUUAUUGGAGCUGCCCUCUCCUAUAGGAAGAACUCAUUUUGUGCAACUGUACCAGAACCACAGAAGAGGAGUCAGCCUUAUGAAAAGCCACAACUCCACAGACAUUUUUUUCCAGGCCCAAGCAUGCAAGGUACAGUAAUGGGAAAGCACAACACAUUAUUAUUUGGUAAUAUCUUAAGGAUUGUUCCAACUUUAGCUUGGGGAAAUCAAUAUAACCAUUACUGAACAUGUGUAGAUGCCUAAUAAGCCUGCUGUAAUAGCUCACAUACUUUAUAUUAUGCAUUAUUAUGUACAGCUUGUUAUUGGUGUACCAUAUUAUUAGCAGUAUGUUACUUUCACCCGGGACCACCUCCAGCCUAGAUAUACCGGUGAAUCUAAUUUCAUAUGUGAAUGCAAAACUCAAUUUCCCCAUCCUCUACGCAAAAUAACCUCCCAAAGCGAUUAUUCCUCCAAACAUUCAAAAGUUCACUUCCAACCACUUAUUUUACCCCAGUCGUGCAAUCUUGAACAGCCCUCACUAGGUAGAUAAGUCCCAAUUAGAUCACUAGGGCUUACACCCGAGGAAGCGUGCGUAAAAUCGGGCUGCAACUGCGAGGACAGCAGACGGAUGAGUUGGGAAAGGGGAGCUCGCUGCUCCUGACAUCCAGAGCAAGCCUAAGCAUGUUUGCUCAGACGUAGAUCCUACUAGAUUCAGUGCCGCUUACUCCCGAGUAAGCAAGGCUGUUAUCCCCACCAUCUUCACUCUUCCAGCCAACUUCUGUCUGUCCUCCCAGAGGGAGUCCCGCUGUGGGCGGGGCCUCAGCUGGAAUGCAAACGCAGAACCUACAUUCCCCGCGCCCAUCCCACUUUAUAUAGAGAUAGGAAAUAUAGAGGAGAUAAUCCCAUUGUCUGGAGACAGUUUCCUGGUUGCAUUUUAAUGCUGUUUCGAAUUAACUGGAGAACCUCGCAAGAUCUUGAAGAAGCGUGUCUCCCUCCCCGCCACUUCAAACAACAGCAAAACCCCAAAAGGUAGCAUCAGAAACAGAGCCCCCCCCCACUUUCAAAAGUUGGGAACGUAAGAGCCCUGAGGUCAAAGGCUUAUAUAAAAUCCCAACCAGUGGCCAACAACUAGAUGCCUUCGAUAACAACAACAACAUUUAUACCCCGCCCAUCUGGCUGCUUUCCCCUAGCCAUUCUGGAGGGCUUACAGCAUAUAUAUAUAGAGAGAGAGAGAGAGAGAGAGAGAGAGAGAGAGAGAGCGCGCGCAAAAUAUCAAACAAGCCCACAAGCAAGACCCGCGCACAGGAGAAGCGCUCUCUAUUUCUGGCGCUGCUUUCUGCCGCCGCAGCUGCUGCUACAAACCAGAAACAAAAAGCGUAGUUCACAGCCCACGCAGAAGUCGGGCAUUGUUUGCGUGUGCGCGCGCGCCUGAAUAUAUUAUAAGUCUACGCAUCAGCACGUGUGACGCAACCCCGCAAUGACGGGCGUGCCUAGGGAGAAGGAGAGGGAGAGGGAGAGGGAGAGGAGGGAAGCCGCCAUUUUGUUUGUUUGCGGACGGAAGAAGACACGUUUAUCCUUCGCAGCUCGCCGUUGAGCGUAAGUGGCGGAGGGACGGGAAGCGGCCUGUUUCUCUCUCUCUCUCUCUCUCUCUCUCUCUCUCUCUCGUUAGGCCUUUUGUAGAGGCGGGAAACCAGGUCCUUGUUUUGCUCUGUGGGGCUUCAAUUCCUCUCAACCCCCCCCCCCGACAGUCGUUGGGAUAUAGAGAGUAGGAGGAUGCAAGGUAGGGAAUAAUUUUUUACGCGUUAAAAGGGUGCUUUUUGAAAAAAAGACCUCGCUUGGAGGGGCGGUUUUGAGCUUCGGAGACGGAGGCCUCCAGCACUUCCUAACAUGUAAACCUUUCCCUCACCCCCUGGACUUGGGCAGCCUAAGGUGGGGGGGGAGUAGGUGGGGGGCGGGGCCGGAUUUAGGUUUGAUGAGGCCCUAGGCGACUGAAGGUAAUGGGGCCCUUUAUAUGUCCAGCUGUCCUUUGUCAACAACAAAUUGUCGCUGUUUUUUGUGUUGAAUAUAUGCUAUAUGGUAAUUUAUGGACCUAGUAGGUAUCUAUAGCCAUUUGCACAUAACAAAAUAUGUGAUAUUUUAGGGAGCAGGCUAGCAGGUGGGGCCCAUUACUUACAUCAUAGGAGCCUACACAACACAAAACACCGUUGCUGUAUGUAGGUUUUAUUUUAUUUGUAUUUUAUCUUAUAUUUUGGAAAUGUACAUCUAGUUUAAAUUUUUGGGCGGCCCCCAAGAGAGUGGGGCCCUAAGCUAUAGUUUGUGUAGCUUAUACGUAAAUCUGGCACUGGGCAGGGGGGAAGGACCCUUAAGCAGGAGAGCCUGAGGCCCCUCUCCUGAUGGAAUGUCAGCUCUCCUUGGAUUGGGGACAGCGGUCUCUUCCAUGCGGUAGGAUGCAAGCGUGGCUUCCAGAGAGUGGCAAAGCCCAGCAUUUCUAGUUUUAGAAUUAAGCCCUACCGCGAAGAAGCAACACUUCUUAUAGCUAGAUAGCCUUGAUGGAAGCAUUGGGAUCAGGGUGCACACAGAAUAAAACACCCAAUUAGUUUUGGAAUAGAAAGCAUGUUUUGUUUCAUAAACAUUGACGGAUGUGACAGUUCAAUCCGAGUGUUUAAACAUGUGGAGCUUCCCGUUAGAACUUAUUUUAAAACAUCCUGGAAGUGCAAACGAAUAACUUUCUGACUGUGGGAGAAUACCUUUCAUCACCAAGUGAUCGUGGGCGCAGAAAUGUAGGCUUGGGGGUGGUGUCAUUUUGCAGGCCAUCUAGUCCAGCCUCCUGCUUCAUGCAGAGCAUUCUUAGUUGAUAGCUGCAUAGGUUAUGUCUCAAUCAAUUUGGGAUUAGUGGAGAUACCUUUCAGAUCCAGUGUUGGCUCCAGGCUUGAGAACGGCCCUCUUUUCACUUUAGAAAUUCACCGACCAAUUUUGAAACAGUCCUCCAAGAAGUUGGAGAAUUUGUAACUUUUUUGGCACCGCAGAUAUUCCAGGCUUGAUGGGCUUAUUGCAUCACUAUCUGCUUCACACUCUUCUCGUGCCGUUUUGAGUAACCCCAACAGCUCUUCCCUCCCCAACUGAAUGUAAGCUGAAAUGGCUAUUUAAAUGAGAGUCCAAUUAACCAAAAUACAGGAGCUCAAAUAAAAGUGUUAGUCAAAAUUUUUCAUCCUGGUGGGAAUGGAAAUUUGGUUACUCAGGUAAACAGCAGAGGGUAUGGAAGUGAAGUUGACCACGUGAACAGGGAUUGUUUUGUUUUGUCUUUAAAGUAUGCCCCCCCUUUUUUUUAGUAUGUCCCACUUUUUAGAACAGGUUGGGGAGCUAUAUUGGAUGGAAUAUUAUACUCCGGUAAUAUUUUGAUACGUAUUUAAUUAAUGUCCUAUAUGGCUGUUUUGAUCAUGGAAAGCUGACACAAAUUAUGAUUGAGUUUGAUUUGUUUGUGUCCAUAACUGUUUGCUGAAGCCUUGAGCGCUCUGCCUAUGAGAAGACCUAUUUUAUAUAUUUAAAUAUUUUUAUGGUGCUUUCAGUCCCAAAAUGCUUGGACUUUUCAGGAUUUAUAUAGAUCUGUAAUAUAAUAUUGAGAGCUAACAGAUGAUGAAAUGUUAUCCAGCAAGGUGGGAUUUAAGUUACACAGCUAACCUUCAAAUGACUAAUGCACAGUGAAACCUUAAAGCAUAUACCGUAUUUUUCACUCCAUAAGACACACUUUUUUCCUCCUAAAAAGUAAGGGAAAAUGUGUGUGUGUCUUAUGGAGCAAAUGCAGACGGGAGAAGCGGCUCUUGCUGACUUUUCAGCGAGGUGGGAGAAGGGACCGUCCCUCCUUCCGGCUCAUUGGAAAGCCAGCAAGAGGCACGCCAAGCGUGUCUGCCGCUCUUGCUGGCUUUUUGGUGAGGUGGGAGAAGGGACUGACAGGCUGACUGUAAUUCAAGCAAAGGGAGAGCCGUUUACAUGCGUGUAAGCAGCUCUUACUCUGCUUGCUUUACAAUGAGCCGGAAGGAGGGGCAGAGGGCAGCCCCUUCCACCCCUCCCCCCAGCUGACUGUACCAGUAAUUCAAGCAAAGGGAGAGCGGCUUACAGGGCUUCUGCUCUGGUGUCUCCUCCUCCUCCUCUUUUUGCUCGGGUUCCAGCAAGGCAAGGCAGCUGCCCACCACAGGCAUGCACAAAUGUGAGCUCUCCCUUCCCUCCCUUCCCCCCCUUCCUCCCUCCCUCCCUCCCUCCCUCCCUCUUCCAACUUCAAUAAAAUAUUGGGGGGGGGCAGGUAAGCCCCACCUCACAUACCGCAAUUCAUCCUUGUAGUUCAACAACAUCUGGGGACCCACAGGUUGAGAACUGCUGCCGGUCUCAAGACAAAGUGCAUGCACACUAUAUGAAUAACAAUGCCCAUCAACAUGGGGGGGACUCCCUCAAAUAUUUAAGAGGGGGCGAAGGCACCUAGGCCUCUAGGAGUUGGCUGCUAUGCCUAGGACAAUUCAAGAAAGUGAUGCAUAUGCUAUAAUAUCAACUUUUAGGGUGAUACGGUAAUUUUUUUUUUAUACAGACUGUAUGUUGGCUAUGUUUACUGUGAUGCCAUUAGUUAAAGGUAUGGUCAGCACUCAGUGGUAAACAUUGGAGAAACCGUACAUUACUGACAGUUUGUACAUCACUGUAUUUUCUUGCAGAAAACCUCCCCCAUUCUGAUAAGGAUGAUAAAGCAGAAAAGACUAGCAUAUAGGAUUCCUUUUAAACUAGAGGUAGUAAAAUAUGCUAAGGAGCAUGGAAACAGAGCAGCGGAGAGACAUUUUGGGUCACCUCCAACUGAAAAAAUGAUAAGAGAGUGGAGGAAACAGGAGGAUCAGCUGCAAAAAGCAGAUAAAAGUAAGCACACUUUUCGUGGAAAUGCUGCAAAGAGGCCACAGUUGGACGUGGCCAUGAAAGAAUGGAUCAAAAAUCACCAGAAGAAUGGCUUCGCAGUCUCUACAAAAAUGAUAAUAUAUGAAGCCAAACGCAUUGCUGUAGAGAAAGGCAUUCACGAUUUUACUGGAUCACCAUCAUGGUGCUACAGAUUUAUGAAGCAAUGCGGCCUUCCUAUGAGCACCAAAACUAGAAUUGCACAAAAAUUGCCAGAAGAAUAUGAAUCUAAGAUUCUGUCUUUUCAUAAAUUUGUAAUUGAUGCUAGGAAGAGAAAUGGAUUUGAAAUUGGCCAGAUUUGGAAUAUGGAUGAAGUCCCACUAAUCUUUGAUGUGCCAUCUAAUAGGACUGUUGAUCUGAAAGAUACCAAAACUAUCGCCGUGAAAACCUCAGGACGUGAGAAAACCUAUUGCACGGUUGUGUUGUCUUGCUGUGCAGACGGCACCAAAUUGCCACCCAUGUUAAUUUUCAAAAGCAAAACAUUUCCAGAAGAAGUGAUUCCACGAGGAAUUGUUGUACAUGUUCAUGAGAAAGGAUGGAUGGACGAAAAUGGAAUGAGAGUAUGGGUUGAAAAAGUGUGGUCCAAACGUCCUGGAGGGCUUUUGAAAAAACCUGCCUUAUUAGUACUUGACCAGUUUAGAGCGCAUAUUAGCGAAAUUACAAAAAAGUGCUUUAAAGAAGUGAAGACUCAUCUAGCUGUAAUUCCUGGAGGUCUUACCAGCCAGUUGCAACCUCUUGACGUUUCCAUCAACAAGCCAUUUAAGGUCUUUAUGCGAAAAGAGCGGAACAAAUGGAUGGCUGCUGGUAAUCAUGAUCUGACACCUACUGGACAAAUGAAGGGGCCCACUAUCACUCAAGUUUGUGAAUGGGUGAAAACAUCAUGGCACUCAGUAAAGGAGGAAAUCGUUGUACAGUCAUUUAAAAAAUGUGGCAUUAGCAAUGCUUUGGAUGGAAACGAAGAUGGUAUUUUGUAUGAAGAUAGCGAAGAAAGUGAUGUCAGUGAUUGUGAGCAACUGAGCUUCAUAAAUUCUGACUCUAGCACUGAUGAGUUCUUAAGGUUCAAAGAAGACUAGAAGAGUACCCGAACCUUAAAGUCUCUCUUCAUUUGUUAAUGAAUGUGAUGAUGGUUCUUAAUGCCACUGUUGACUGCUGUUCACUUUACAUGGUUGUAAUAUGAUUCUGAUAUACCAGUUGUUUAUUAAAUUGUUCAGUACAACAUUUGAUUCAGAAUAUUUUUUUCUUGUUUUCCUCCUCUAAAAACUAGGUGCGUCUUAUGGUCAGGUGCAUCUUAUAGAGCGAGAAAUAUGGUAGUGUUAUUCUUAAGAAGAAAUUAGUAUGGGAGCGUAGUUUCACAACCAAUUUGACACGUAUAUAGUAUAUCAAUCAGAUUUAACAAUGGAUGAAGAAAAUAGGUUUUCAUCUAUAAGCAUUUCUAUUCAUAAAACAUAAUGGGGUAUGAAAUGCAGUUCCAUUUCUUAAAUACUCUUGGUUCUAUCCUCUAAGUAUAUAUUUCUAGUCCUUGUGAUUGCAAAGUUUGAAAUACAGUAAUCUUGAUUGUUUUGUACAGUGGUACCUCUGGUUGCGAAUGGGAUCCGUUCCGGAGCCCCGUUUCCAACAUGAGCAGAACGCAACGCACGUCUGCGAGUACGUGGGUCGCGAUUCACCGCUUAUGCGCAUGUACUUGACGUCAUUUUGCACGUCUGCGCAUGUGCGAGUGGCGAAACCUGGAAGUAACCCUUUCCGGUACUUCUGGGUCACCGUGGGACGUAUCUUGCAAGAAUGUACCAUGAAGCGGACGUAACAAGAGGUAUGAGUGUAUAUUUGUUGGUCUUGCCUUAUGAGAUAGAUAAUGUAACCUAGGUCCAAGUGAAACAAGGGCAGGGAUACCAGAGCAACAAGAUGGGGCAGCUGAAAAUUGUAUUGAUGAUAUAUUCUCACCCCACACUUGUUUUAUUUCUUCACAUUUUCAGUUGUAAAUGCCUUUCACAGACUAAAGUUAUUUCACAACCCAAUCUUUGUAUGUUCACUCAGAAGCCCAUUCCACUGUGUUCUGUGGGACUUAGUCCCAAGUAAGUGUGCACAGGUGUGUGCUAUCUAGGCGUUAGCCCUGUUUAACAUCUAAAUAAACACGUGCAGGAGGGGGUUGUUAAUCUCUCAUCUUUAUUUUCUCAUUGAAAUGUAACCUUUUUGCUUUGGUAUAUUUUCCUGUGUUAGAUGAAGCACUCAAAGCUAACGCAGUGCUCUGGGCAGGGUGAAAGAAGGAGCUGGGAUGAAGAAAAGAGCACACAUAGCCAAAAGCGCAGGCGGAAGUCACAUAGCAGUGAAAGAGAAGGCAGAUGCUAUAAAUCACUUAAAAGUGCCAACAGGUAAAUGACUCUUGACUUCAUGAUCAUCUAAUUAUCAUCUAAUUAGAUGUAACUUAAAUCUUUUAUUGAUUUACAUUUGACAUUUUUAAGUUUUCCUAUUGCUGUUACAAUCAGAGUUUUUCACUGGUAGUUCACUUAAAAAUGAAUAAUAGUUGCUGUGAUGUUAUUCAUUAUUUCUUUCAUCUUGACAGUAUGGAAAUGAGCAAAAGCUUUUAAAGCACUAUUUAAGAAGGCAAUUGUGGUCCAGAUUGCUUUCAGAUAUAUCUGUGUGUGCACACACAUAUGUGUAGUUAUGUGUAUAUGUAGACAGUACCAUAUUAAUACAUCAGUAUAUACAUGUAGAUGAAAUGUGAUUCAUUUCUAAUCCAUGCUUUCUCCCUCCAUGCUUUCUGCCUGAAAUUGCUGCAGCCAUCUCUCUUGCUCACUGAUUUGUCUGAUCUAUCUCCCUCCCCCAGUGAUUUCGGCCCACCAGCAAAACACAAAUAAGGAAGUGGGCAGACUCUCAUUUUGUUAUCUGAUUCAGCUAUUUGUGUAGUGAGGUUUUGAUAUAAUACUUUGUGUUUGGUAAGUUGAGAUUUUGGAGAAAGUGUUCCAAUAGUGGGACCUUUAUAUUUACUGACAUAAAUAAAAGUCCAAUUUGACUCUGACUUGUUUUCUGUACUACUUUGUAUGGGUGCUUUGUAUAGGUUUCUGAAAUCAGGCCCUUUGAAUUGGUAGUUAUUUUGCUCUAGGGCUUCACUAUUCACCUAGCUCUUGACUGUUGUUAGUUUUGAAUGUAACUUUAUGAGAAUUAGUGUUAUCAGCAAGUGAGAUAGAGCAAGGCUGAUGAAUAAUAAAGCUGUCCUGAGAAAGCAGUCAUUGCCUUUGAAGAAGAGGCAGUUUAUGGCUUUGAAUUGAAUGCAUUGAAUUAAUGAUUUUCCUUUUGGGAGCACUCCAUACUUGCACAAGUUAUUUAGACGCAGGUUUUCAUUUUGUUGCAAUGUACAUGGGAAAGUUUACUAGACUUCCUUGCAUAUCUAGCAGGAAGGGUGUAAUUCUUGUGAGCUCAAGGUAAUAAGAGUCUUAGUAUACUUAUUUACCUUUUGAUGGUGGGUAGAUUUAUCUUUCAACAAGGUUUUUUUAAAAAAAAAGUUGAAAAAAUAAUUUUUAUUUGUUUUCAGCAGCUACUUGGAAGAUAGAUCCGUAACCAGGAGAGACCGUCAUGACCGAAGAUAUGUUGAGGAGUAUAUAAAUGACUUCCGUGAUGUAGAUGACUAUAAGCAUUGCAGAGAGUAUGAAAAGAGUCGCCAACAUCAUUUUAGCAAAUCCUCUGGUCAAAGUGGGAAAAGUAGUCAUAAAAGAAAGCAUAAGAAACAUGACCCCCAUGACAGCUUGUAUUUGGUAUGCAUACUUUAAAAAUGUAUUAACAAUGUAUUAGUGUUUUAAGUUUCUUCACGGAGUAUCAGAUUAUCUGAGUAUCAAUGUUUAAAAAGUUUCAGUUACCUGAGCUACAAUUAAACCUGGGUUCUCUUAAUCUGCUGUAAAUAUAUACAUAGCAUGUAUUCAGACAUUUGAAAAUGUUUACAUAGUGAGUGGUGCCAACCACAUGAGUUUUUGUCUGAAGCUUUCAAAAACUUGAAUGAUUUCUUAGUUGAGCUGGUAGAGAGAAGCAGUCAAGUGCUGUUCUCAUUUGAAUGAGUUUUAUAUCCUUUUGAAGCCACUCUUUCCAUCCCAUCUCCAAAGACACAGAAGGUAUUAAUUUACAUGGAAUUAGGCUGUGAAAAAAGUCUAAUGAAUUCAGCAUGUUUCUAUUCAGUAGUUUAGUUCAGUCCCAUGCAAAUUUUGAUCAUUCACUGAUCUGUCAGAAAGCAUUCCCUCUACCAAUUAGCAAGGAAAGGAGUUUGGAUUUUCCAGAAACAGUAUGACACUGCUGAUGUCUACAUUCAAAUUUAGGAUUAUUAUGGUUUAAAUAGUAUUUGUACUUCUGAAUCAAUACACUCAGAAUAUUAGAUUGUAGACUGCAUUUCAUGAAUUAUGAAUAUUUUCCCUUUAGCUUUUUGAAAUAUGGAAGAAAAAAAUUAAUUGCUUUGAAGUUCUGCUUUUUUAAUAAUAAUUAUUAUUUUAAAAUACUUUGCUAGAUAUUCAAGGAGAUCAGACCUAGUUAUGAUUUCAAAAAAGUAGACACAAAUGACAAUUUUUUUUCAAAUAGAAAAAGUAAAUAUUUACAUUGCAAAUUUAAAUUUUAGUCUUCAAUUAAUCCAUAAUUUGAGAACAAAAUUGUGUUGUGUUUCUGUUGUCUUACUACUCUUAAAUAUUCAUCUGAAAAUCUGUUCCUUGCCAUGUUUUUCUUCUGUAACAUAAACUGUGCCCUGUGAAUUUCUGGGGACUGAAUUUGAAAUUGCUCCUGCCAACUGUUCGUGGCCUGGUGCGUAACUGAAUGCCUGAAUAUCCCCGCUGAAUGAAUUGCGUAUUCUACCCUGAAUUCACUCUGAUAUAUUGAUUGGCUGGACGAUCUUGGUGCCGUUUCCAGAAGAGUCACCGAAGGAAAAGAUCCAGGAGUGUAGAGGAUGAGGAGGGUCACCUGAUCUGUCAAAGUGGAGACGUACUAAGAGCAAGAUGUAUAGAAUAUUUUUCAACCCUUUUUUUAAAAAAUCAGCAAAAAAUCUGUUUAGACUAGUAUGUUAGAAGAGGAGUAGGGGUGGGGGGGAUAAAAAAAAUCUUCAUUGCCCUCUCUUGUCUUUUCUUUUGUCUUUGUAUUAUUUUACAUUUCUCUUCAUUUCUGUAUUCUUAAAUAUUGCUAUUCAAUGCUACAAUAGUAAAUGCAGCUUAAGUUUAGACUGAUAGCUAGAUAGCUGUUUCAUGACACCUAUCCAAUAAAAUAAUGCUUUCAAAGGCAAACACUAAGUUUAAUGUUUUUACUACGACAUGCUUAGCAAUGUUAAUUUUUUUUCAGCUACUUCAAUAAAAGCUUUGGUUUAUUUUUUAGAUGAAAUUAUUUCAACUUUAGGGGAAGGUGCUUUUGGAAAAGUAGUAGAAUGCAUUGAUCAUCACAUGUAAGUAUGCAAUAUUUUCAAAAGUAUCUCUGAAAAAAUGUUUUCCAUCUGAAGGUAGAAAUCCAAUCUACAUGCUAUCCAAUGUACAUGAAGUUUUGUAAGACUUAAGAACAGAAAAUUAGACAAUAAUAUUUCUGUAAUACAGUCUUUUGAAAUAAAUAACAGGUGCAUUUUAACAAACACACCAUCCCCAGUAAGAAGCAGUUCUCCCCACCACCAGCUGUUUUUUCAACUCUCCUUGUGGGCAUCUGGGUGCACCUGGCUUUAAUAUGUGUAAUGCAACUUUCAGUCAUACUUGGGCUAACAGUAGAAGUUAUUUCAUUCUUAACAUUAAUAAUUAGAUUCUCACUGCAAUUGCUAUGUUCUUCUGUGAACAUGUACAACAAAUAAAAUGGAUGAUAACAGAAAGUUGUUAGCUUUUUGUCUCAAAAAUAUUUUUUGUCUCAGCCUUGAAAGUGUUAUAAUAGGUGUAAAAUAACCAUGAUUUACUGAUGCAUCCAGUCUACAGUAGAAUGCUUGACACUUGGUUGAGAAUGGGCAAAUUUAAUUGACAGUAUUUUACUUUACUCCAUAGGAAAGGGAUGCAUGUAGCUAUAAAAAUUGUGAAAAGUGUUGGUAGAUACCGAGAAGCAGCUCGUUCAGAAAUUCAGGUAUUGGAGCACUUAAAUGCCUUGGAUCCUGGCAGCAGAUUGUAAGUAUAAACUAGAAUGAAAGCAUUAUUUUAAACAGUAUUCAAUUACCAAUUAUUUUUAUUCAGUUAUUGUUCUGGUUGCUUUCUUUUUUUCCUAGCUGUUGUGUACAGAUGCUGGAAUCAUUUGAACAUCAUGGCCAUGUUUGCAUUGUAUUUGAGCUGCUGGGACUCAGUACUUAUGACUUUAUUAAAGAAAAUAGCUUUUUGCCUUUUCCUAUUGAACUUAUUAGGAAGAUGGCUUAUCAGAUUUGUCAUUCUAUAAACUGUAAGUACGUUUUAAAUUUUAAAGAAUUUUUCCAUAACCUAAAAUUAUAGGCAUUGAUUUGAGUUUUGCGUUCCUACUUUCUCUCUCUUUUUUUUUGGCAGUCUUGCAUCACAAUAAGUUGACUCAUACAGAUCUGAAACCUGAAAAUAUUUUAUUUGUAGAAUCUGAUUAUAUAGUAAAGUAUAAUUCUAAAAUGGUAAGUUCACUUGCUUUAAGACUUCUUCCCAGUGGGCUGUUUCUACUUUUUUAUGGUCAACCAUGCCAUAUACAAUUUCUAAGUUUUGCUCGCAUCAAGCAGCCUUUACCAUAACACAAGAUGUAUUCAAGUGCAUAUUCAGGUAUUCUACUUAAGUACUUUGUGGCUGCUAAGACCAAAAUCUAUUGAUAAAUUAUAGUAAAGGCCUUGAACAGAAGAUCAGUCAUUUUUUCACAUUUAUGUGAAGAUGCAGCAGAUGUGCUGAUGACAAAGCAAAUCAGUACUUGAACUACUAAUUGUUAUGUUGAUGAGAUUUCUCACAAGGCUUAUGGAUAUAGUAUAGUUAAGGAACUGUGAAACUAUGGAUUUGGAUUUCCUAUGUAAAAAUUAGUUCACCUAGGUUAGCUGUUGUAUCAUUGCUCUUAAUAUGAAAAGCAUGGCUUGUUAAACUACAUUUGCCUUAGGUAAGUAUAGAGGCUUCCCCCACUCCCAAAUAGGAAGAAGGAGAUUUUGCCAAUUCCAUGUGCAUGAACAGUAGACCCAGAACGGAGUAAAUCUGCAGAAAGCAUGAUUUGUUAAGUCUUUGUGUUAACAAUGAGAUUCAACUUCUUUUUAAAAAAUAAUGAUGCUCAUUUUGACUUUGUUACAGAGGCGGGAUGAACGGACACUGAAAAAUACAGAUAUUAAAAUUGUAGACUUUGGAAGUGCAACAUAUGACAAUGAACAUCAUAGCACUUUAGUGUCUACAAGGCACUACAGAGCACCUGAAGUUAUAUUAGGUUAGUAGAGAAUUUUGCUGGAAAUGUAACAAUUCUAGGAAACAUAUUUAAAUAAUAUUUAUAUAAUUUAAACAUUUGAAAAAUUACUUUUAAUAUUCAUGUAUAAUAUUACUGCUUAGUUGUGUUCCAUAAAAGUGGAGGAAAAUAGUAAAUCUAAGAAUGGUGGAUGGUUUAUGAAAUAACCUCAAGAUUGUUCAGGAGAUGGCUUUCUAGUCUGGAUUGAAUUUUCAACUAACUAAUGUUUUGUGAAUUGUGUUAUAGCCCUUGGGUGGUCCCAACCCUGUGAUGUCUGGAGCAUAGGAUGCAUUCUGAUUGAAUAUUACCUUGGUUUUACAGUCUUUCAGGUAUGUGUAUGUCAUUUUUAUUUAGAACUUUUCACUUGAGUUGCAGUUCAAAAUCUGGUUUAAAAUAUAUGUUAAUGCUUUCAUUUGAUUUUUGGCAUUUCUACAAGUAUGUAGAGUUGAAAUGCUCGAAAUGUUAAAUGUACCCUAGUCCUGCAAAUGUUUCAUAACACACUAACAUUUAAAGACUUUGGCUGAGAUUGUUUGGAGAACAAAGUUACUUUGUAAAAUGUGUGGAAAGAGUUUGAGCUGCAUCCAUUAGAGCCACUCAGCUGACGGUAAGGUCUCCACCUGCAGAUCAGGGAAGGAAGUUUUCAGCUCUUACCCCAGGGUCUUCCUUAAAUCCUCCCCUGACAGUCCCCAAACCCUCUGGAGCAGAUUUAGGGUGGGCUACGAAGUCAGAACGGUGCAAUCGCCAAAAAUUGCACCCCUUUCUGUUCAGUUUAAGGAAUCUACCAUUAACUGAGUGUCACUGUUGGAUACAAUCCAAUAUAUUUAUGGUAUACUUGUCGAUAACAUCUUUGGAGGGACUGCACGCUUUUUGGUAUAAUGUAGAUCUGAAACUGCUGCACAUUACUGGGGCUUCUAUCGUGCUUAUGCCAGAAUUCUUUCUGUUAUCAAUUUUUAUGGGCCAGAACAAGGAUAUGCUAUUCAAGGACCUGCUGUUAUUUCUGUUGGUCAUUGCUAGACAAACAGUUGCUCAGCAGUAGAAGUUUCUGAACACUUGGGACUUACUGUGUGUAUUAGAAAUGUCUGGUUGGUGGUGACAGCAGAAAAACUGACACAUAAGAGACAAGGAAAAACCACAGCCUUUUUAUGCCACUUGUUGGAUAUUUAUUACAUCUGCUUCUAACAACAGCCUGCAAAAAAACAGUUUCAGUUAAUUUCAGUUAUUUGGGAAGUUUAAUGUUUUUCUGACCUCAUUUGAGACUUAAUUACAAAUUUCAAUUCUCUGUAUGAUCUUGAUUAUACCAGUUCUUUUUUCUGUUUUCUUUAUUCUGUAUUCCUUUGUUUGUUUCCUUCUGGUGUUCCAUAAAGCUGAAAACCUGAGCGGUGGGUGGGAAUGUUAUACUUAGAAGAUUAACAACACUGAGUUAGAGGGGGAAAACAACGCCUCUAUACUACUGUAUAAUACAUUCAAUUCCUGCCCCUCCCCUUUCCAGACACAUGACAGUAAGGAACAUCUGGCAAUGAUGGAGAGGAUUCUAGGACCUUUACCCACACACAUGAUUAAAAAAUCAAGGUAAAUUUAUUUUAAAUUGUAUAAAUGUUGUAUACAAGUGGUUAAAAAUAUGCUUUGUUUUCUGUUUUUGUAAACUACUUAAGCAUGAAGUUAUAAUUGUAUAUGCCACUUCCACAUUCUGCAGUUAAGAAAUUAAACUGAACAAAAAUUUCCAUUUCAUUGACUGUUGGAAUUCUUACAUGAUUUUGUGAUUGUUAUUACAUGAAAAUGCUAAGAACAACAGGAGACACCAGUAGUUAUUAUGAAACAAGGGGAGUUGGUCUGUCCAAUUGAAAUUUAUCACUUCAAUCCUGUUGAGCUACAACAUAUAUAAUGGAUCUGAAUAUGUACUCUGGGCUCUCCCUCUCUUUCUCCCCUGUAUUUGAAAUUCGCAGUUGAUUUUAGCAGCAGCUGUUUAAUUUCAUUGUUUGACUUGUAGAGACCAAAGUGGUAGGGAAGCUCUCCUCCCCCCCCCCACUCUAUAUUGAGAUGCUGCUGUAGGAUUUCUAGACCUUCCUCUUGGCUUCCUGAGGAGGAGAAACAGCAGAGUAAGACCAAGCACAGCAAUCCAUGAGUAAAUAACAGAAGGGUGAUGGGGAAGUGAGGAAAUAUGCUUAAGAGAUGAAAGAGCACAGGGGAGCUUAGGUAAGAGACUUGUAAGGAUGGACACCCAUUCUUUGAAGCUUGCAUUUAAGCUGCUAGAUUUAAGACUGAUAUCCUAUUUACACAGUGGAAUACAUCCACUGAUCUCAGUGGGACCUGCUUCCAAGGACACGUGAGGUAGCAAUGGCCACAAAGCUGACAGUGGUCAGAUUGUUCAGAGAAAGAACUUUUGGAACCUUAGAAACUAUUGUCGGGAAAAGAUCUGAUGAAGAUUAUACCUGUCAGGAUGUGUAAAGGAAGUGGUCCAGAGCUCACAGAAAUGGUGAGAGAAAGGAAUCAAAGAGAAUCAGCUGGAAAUUAAAAAUAUCUCAAGGACAAGGGGAAGAAGGCUGCACUUCAACAACUAAAAAAGAAAGGAUAUAUUUCAUGCAGCUUUUUUGUAUACAGGAAACGUUACUUCCACCAUGACCAGUUGGACUGGGAUGAACAUAGUUCUGCAGGUCGCUAUGUUAGGAGGCGGUGUAAACCACUAAAGGUAAGAGAGCACUAUAUUCUUCCCUCUACUUGAUUCUGGAAUCCAAAGAGAUGUAUCUAAAGUUUCUUUCUCUUUUUCCAGGAAUUCAUGCACUGUCAUGAUAAAGACCAUAAAAAUCUUUUUGACCUCAUUCGUAGGAUGUUGGAGUAUGACCCUGUCAAGAGAAUUACUCUAGAUGAAGCCCUGGAGCAUCAUUUUUUUGACCCUUUAAAAAAUAGAUAA